AUGAGUUCAGCCGGUGAGUUUCUCGACGGGAUGAGCGGAGGAAAGUUGCGGAGAAGUUUCUCUUCAUCCGGCGAAGCCAGCUGCGACCGGUGCAGGAAAGACAAGGGGGGAAACACACACACACACAGCAGAGACAUCGGGGCUACCCAGCCAGACGCGGCUGGAUGCAGACAAUGCAAGGAAACUCCCUUUGCCCCCUUCCGCCUCCACUCAUUCUCUGCUUGGUUGGGGGUCGUCUUCUGGGAAACUUCCUCUAGGCUGGAAGUCGAGCUGCCCUUGUUCACAGCGCCCACCCCACCCCGCUGUCCCGCUUGUCUUUUGUGUCAUGUCCCUUCCCCCCUUAGUUGGAGUGGGAGAAAAGCACUUACUGGGAAGGUGCUAUAGCUCUACUUGAGCCCCCCCCCCGGUUUCUCCCAAGCCCCUCAUCAGUUUUUGGCGCCCCCCCCCCUUCACGCAACAACGGAGUCCCUUCGGAGAGCUUUCCAUUCCGAAAUACUCGUCUUGAGGUCUGUACCCAGAGAGAAGUGCAUGAUCUGGUGCUCUUAUUUUUGGGGUUUAUAACUGCUUUUCCGGUAGUGUCCUGUGAAGUCCGUCUUUGUUUUCUCGUGAUUCUAACUACUGGGAGGAAAUUAAAAAGCACCAGUUUCCUGCUUGGUAUGGUUGGACUCUAUCCUCCUUAUUUUGUGCCUGCAGAUACUCAAGGAAAUGAUUCAUCUUCAUUUCCCCCCCCCCCACUCUUUGGGUGGGUGGGUGUCUUUGUUAGAACCACGAGGUGGUACCCAAAAGAGAAAGAUAUUCAGUAGAAAACUUAAUUCCCCCCCAAAGGACACUUACUGGUUUAAUGGGGAAAGGAGGUGUCAUCUUCUUUUUAAUGCUUGUACUUCUCUACACCUAGAAACUCUGCUAGGUGUAGUUGGCCAUUGCGUGAGGUACACAGACAGGUCAGGUGACUUUUAUUGUGUUGAACGAACAUGUGGCAAGCUUUCAAGUUAAAUAGAACUCAUAAUAACCCAUGAUAACUUGUUGAGUGCAUUUCUGAUACUCUGUGUCGUCUUGUGGUUUUAAAUUGAUUCAGUUACUAACAUUGUGGAGAAGCGAUCUGUAUGGCUUCAGGCCUAGAGCUCCCACUUUAUAAACAAAUAGUCCUAGGAAGAUAGUCUUUUAGUAAACUUUCUUUCAGUUUUUGCUGUGGUGAACAAAAAAGUUGACCCUAGCUACCCCAUCAUGAUUCAGAAAACAAAGGCAUAUUUUAUUUUAUGCCAUGACCCCAAUUAAGGAAAACAAAGUCAGCUUUGUUUAAAAUUAUAAAACUGUGGGGAGCUCAUGUUUGAAUGGUUUGCAGGCAUUGGUACUGUGUUUUAAAAUGGUUUAAUUCGUUUUCGUGCAUGCAUCUGUGGAAACAGGCAAUUGGAAUUUUUGUGUUGGUGCAUGAGGAUGCUUCUUAACCAUAACGGAAUCCUAUGAAUAUCUGCUCAGAAUUAAAUUCCAUUGUAUUUCAUGGGACUUGCAGAGCAAUUCUUACUAGGCAGAUAUACCAGUAUAUUUCCUGUGCAAAUUAAGCUGCUCAGAAUUAAAUUCCAUUGUAUUUAAUGGGGCUUGUAGAACAAUUCUUACUAGGCAGAUAUACCAGUGUAUUUCCUGUGAAAGUUAAGCUGCAUCCAUGGGCGUAGCCAGGAGGGGGGCAGAGAGGGGCAGCUAAAUCAAUAAAUCAAUAAAAAAUGCAUAACUAUCUGAGGUUCUGCCCCCCUAACAGAAAGGUCUGCCCCUCCCCCAAAAUCCUGGCUACACCCAUGGCUGCAUCCUAACUCUCUGGUCUGGGUGGGGUCAGGAAGCAGUGUAAACCUUCACUUUCUGCCCUUGUAUUUAUUCCUUUUGGGGUGAGAGUAUACUAACAUCCUUCCAGUAGCACCUUAGAGACCAACUAAGUUUGUUACUGGUAUGAGCAUUCGUGUGCAUGCACACUACUUUGUUUUGACUAUGGCAGACCAACACGACUACCUACCUGUAACUAUACUAACGUCUGCAGUUUUGGUGGUGUAAGCUACCUGUGGAUGGAGCUGGUAAAUAUGCAGUGUAUCUGUUUCUCCCUUACUCCACCUAUUCCCUACUCUUGACACACCCCUUUUUCUUAGUGUAACUUGGGCUGUCUUAACUUGCACCAGCAGUAAGCAGGCCUUUCCUCAGUUGGAGUAGAUAACUCCUAGAUAAAUAAUUUACUUAAGAUUCACCACAUCCUAACCACUCCCAGUAGGAGUGGGGGUAGGAUUGCACCUGGGUUUUGGAGUGCAGGAUUACUCUCAGUUAAUUGUGUAUAGAAUUGCAGCCUUCAAGUGUAAUCAUAUAUAGGCUUACUUGGAAAUAAAUCUAAUUGACCUCAAUAGAGCUUGUGUCUGAGAAGCCAUGUGUGUGCAGGAAACAUUCUCAUCCUGAUAACUUCAUUGAUAACCUUGUUUAGUCAAGUUUUGUGUGGCACUUGGCAAAAUUACCAGUAAUUUGUAUCCUUAUCAUAAAUAUGUUUGCCUGGAAGUAAGCUGUAGCUAAAUAGGGUGUGUAUGGUUUCUUUGUGACAUAGCCAAGCAAUGGAGCCUGAGGUCAGCUGUUGAGAUCUAGGCACUCUUUGUUCUCACUUUAUAGGAAUCAUUGUAAAUGUGUAAAAUUAAUCCAUAAUAUAUUUGUUCAUCUUUAAUAUGCCAAAAGGCUCUGUUUCUGCUAUAGCAGACAGCUACCUCUCCACAAUAGCAUGGUUACUGUAGCCUUCAUGGCUUCUCCUACACCAGCUUCCCCCAGACUGGUGCCUCCAGAUUUUGUUGAACUCCCAACUCCCAUCAGCACCAACGAGCAUGGCCAAUGGUGACCAUGGUCAUUAUUGGGGAUAAUGGAAACUACAGUCCAUAAUUUCUGAAAGGCUUGGGGAAGAGUGUCCUACACCAACCUGGUAGCAUUUAUAUCUUCUGCCCAGGUGCUAGAGUGUUUGUGGUGUGUAUUAAGUUCAUCCAACCUACAAAAGCAACGGAUAAACUCCAGGAAUGACAUGGAAACAACUGCAGAGCUUGCAGCAGCCAUGAUACUCUGGAUGACAUGGAAAGUGACCAAAGUGUGCGGGUGUUUGGUUUGUGAAUCUUUCUUCAGAUCCAGUGCUGAAUUUUCAUUGACCUAUAAUGGCUUGCUACUAGGUCUCUACAGCAGUGGAGCACACAUGAACACAUGACUAGGUAUUCUUAUCUGUUGCCCUUUUCGUGACACACAGUUUUAUUAUCUGGGUGAGGUCUGGACUUUGUAGACUGUCAUUGGGGUUUUCUAACACACAGCAAAAUUCUUGUGUUUCGGGGUAGAGUGAGCUGUAGGAAAGUAGAAUUCUAAGCUUAAGUCUUUGUUUGGAGAAUUGUCCUCUUGUGUAAAAAUCAAUCUUAAAUACACAUGUUUUACUAUAGCAGUCAAUAUUUAUAAGAGCAUUAUUUUGUUUAUGUGGCAUUACCAGAAUUAUUAAUGCUAAUUCCACCGAUACUUAUUUCCUUUUCAAGAGUAUACUCCCAUCUUAAUCAAGAUCAUACAAGUUUAGUCACAUAUGUUAAUCAUGGAAGGCAUUAAUUAGGUUUUUAUUUGAACUGAUCAACAUCAUGGAAGGCAUUAAUUAGGCUUUUAUUUGAACUGAUCAACAUCAGUGCUUGGCAUUCCCUAACCUUUUUUCACCUUUAAAUGAGAAGUUAUUGUAUUUCUGGGUAUUUUUCAGGGAAGGGUGAGCGUUUGUGAAACAGAGGUAUAUUAUCCAUGUUUUUGUUUGCCCAUUCUCUAGGUUAAUAGCUGCUUUAUGCCUUCAUGAGCAGCAUAAAUAAGAACACUCUUCAUUGAAUGGAAAGCGGCAGAUAAAUCAUCCUUAUCAGCUCCUUUCAUGGAAGUAUCAAAAAACAGAUAUAAGGCAUAAUGGAUACUUACGAUGUUUCCUUAAUGGGAAGCAUUCCAUUACUGAUUGCGGUCUAUGGUCAAAUGUAGACAUAUUUCAGCUUGUCCCAUGGUUGCUCCUCAGAUGUCUGUGGAAGCAUUUUGGAGUAAUGCCUUAAACCCAUUAAGUCUCUCCACUACCUAGCUGUCUUUGCAAUUUUAUUAAUUGGCACAUCAUUGAGAGCAGAAUUAUUUUAAUGUUUGCAUUUUAAUUAUUUGGCAAUAUAUUGUUUAUGUUACCAAAGCUGUAAUAGUGCACAUGUAACUGACUUGGAUAAUUUUCUGUUGUUUAGCAGUUACUUUAGGACACCCACCAUAUUUUUUUGUUCAUACUUUGCUAAUUGCACUGUCUUCUCAAUUAGAUCUCAUUCCAAGAUCAAAAUGGCUCAUAAUCUUGGAGGUGUAUUCCUAGUGCUAAAAUUAAGUUAAUAAUUAGAAAAUGGUAGGGGGAAGGUGACUAAUCAAGAUAAAAAGGUUCCUGGAGGCAAAUAGUAUUUACUUUUAAGUAUUAAAUAAUUAGACAGAGUUGAAUCAAUAAAUGUUUCAGUAUUUGAACCCUUAGGGUUAUAUCCAACAUAGCACUCUGUGAAUGUUCUGCAGCACAAGGAUUUCUGCUUGUGCAAUGGAAUGUCACCCACCUCUCAGUGCAUGCCCCAGAAAUCUGUUCGGCAGAUCCCUCCAACUCUCUGGAGCCAGAUUUGGGGAGGACACAGGGUAUGUAUGCACAGGAGGCAGAGGGGGGCAAAAGUCCUGCUGCUCAAAUGGAAAUGCCUGCAUUGAUGGGACACAUCCACAGGUGUUUGUUUUUGUAAUUGUGAUGCAGCCAAAGUUUGUACCUAUCUGGUUCAGAACAAAAAUUUGUUCUGCUUGCAAAGCUUGGAUUUAUAAUGGAUCUGGUGUUUUACAUUUUAGAAUGUAAAAUGAGAUUUGGCACAUGUGCACAUGUAAAAUGAGAUUUGGCACAUGUGUUUUGAAAGUUCUUUCUAACCUGUGCUUGGUGGCAAGCAACUAGGCAAAAAUGAGAACAUUUUUAGAGGCCCUUUAAAAUCAAGCAAUACAACAAGAGGCAUUCGUGAACAUGUGCCGUUGUUACCAGUUGGGAGGGAAUUUCUGUGGAAACUGAGGUUUUCCCAAUAGUUCUCCAAUAAAUACUGUAAAUGCCAACAGGUUCCAAAUUGAAUUGAAGGGAGUUUCCUAUUACCAGAAACAAUUUGGGAAUGAAGAACAACAGUGUUACCAGAUUACAAAAUUGCACUUAGUGAAGUGCAUUGUGAAAUAAGCAGCAAAAUGUAUUCCAAUCCACAUUUUGUGGUACUGUUACAAAGCUGGUAAAAACAUCUCAAUAACCUAGCACAGAAAUGCUGGUGAUAUCUUAACCACAAAGAGAUGGGAAAGGGCUCUCCAUCCCUCACCUACAUUAACUCCCCACCCCACCCCUUUCAUCCCCCCUACACUCGUAACCAUGGUGUGGCUGUUGCAUCUGCACAGACGUAUGUUAACCAGGGUUUGCAGGGCUAAACUGGGUUACAGCUAACUAGAUGUAACAUUGCACCAUGAGCAACUGGCAUAGGAAGAGAAGGAACAUGUGAAGCCAGGGCCUGCUCCUUAAAAUUAAAACGAAUUGAUCUGCAGUGUUAUGUUUCCAUUGAUCUGUUGGAAAUGUUUUUGAAACCUUCUAAGGCCUGUCUAUUGAAUCAGAGACAGAAGCUUUGGUGAUGCUUGAGAGAAGGUUAAAAGGGUUCCACAGUGUAAAAAAGACAGCUAAUCCUUGCAUGUACGUGUUAACUCUGUAGGUACCUAAGACUUUGAUAAUUCUGAGUUGCCAGUUUCUUUUCAGAGCAGUGUUAGGAUGAUGUGGACUAUUGUUAGCUUUGGGUUUAGUUUAACAAUGCAUUUUCCAGGAUUUGUGAUGGUUGGUUUGGGGAGAUGGUUGGUUUGGGGAGAUGCAACUGGAUUUGUUUGCAUUUUGGGGGUGGCAAAGAGUAGCUUUAACAGUGGAGUAGUCUGAACGAGCCAGUGGAGUUUUCCUAGCAGCUAGACCACUCUGGUAAGUAUGUCUGCUCUUGAAUGAGAGAAUUUCAAUCUUGAAGAAGGUCAUAAAAUAGAUCUCAUAAGUAACAUGCACAUUAUUGGCAAACACUCAGUAGGCUUUCAUCUCCUGCAUUUUCCCCACUUGAUAUGUUAAGAGUCCCAGAGUGUGUAGUGGACGUGGUUACAUAGAAGCUAAAUUUGGCUACAUGACUGAAUAUUUGUUUAGGUAUACAGUGGUACCUCGGGUUAAGUACAUAAUUUGUUCCGGAAGUCCGUACUUAACCUGAAACUGUUCUUAACCUGAAGACCACUUUAGCUAAUGGGGCCUCCUGCUGCUGCCGCGCUGCCAGAGCACAAUUUCUGUUCUCAUCCUGAAGCAAAGUUCUUAACCCGAGGUACUAUUUCUGGGUUAGCGGAGUCUGUAACCUGAAGCGUAUGUAACCCGAAGCAUAUGUAAUCCGAGGUACCACUGUAUAGCCUUUAGUGAAGGUUAAAAUCAAGGUGUGAAUUAAUAUAACCCCAUUUAUAAACUUGAGUUAGGAUGGUUUAGGGCUGGAGAAGGUAGAAUAUUGAAUGUUGGCAGGGCUUCCUCCCACUAUGUCAGCUUUGCAGCAGAACCGGUUGAACAUCUUAAUACCUCAUUUUGUAACAGUGUGGCAGUGUAGCUACUGUCCCAGCAUAUCUGAUUGCUGACAUAGCAAGUCUAGAAAUUGGGCUUUGUGCUUGCUCAAUUAAUUUGCCAGAUUUAGUGAUUUAGGGAUUUGGGAUGAGCACUAUGAUGAAAAAAAUGUUGGAAGGCUUGUUUGUUUCUUUGGUUGACAAAAAUGUAUCAGGAUGAGGAUGCACAUCCCCCCCCCCAAAGCAUAUUCAGCAAAUAUCAGAUUAAUAUGCAUUUUUUGCUGUGAAAUAUAUGCUCAUGUGGCUUUAUGUUCUGCGAGCGUAAAUGUUCAGGUGCAGGUCCAUAAAAAGUGGUGAUGUCAUUUUAAAGGCUACAAUAAUCUCUGAUCUUGUGUGUGUUUUCUUGAAAUUAACUCCCACUAAACUCAAGGGACUUGCUCUCAAGUAUGUGCACAUAGGAUUGCAGCCUUAGGCACAUUUGCAAGUGACGUCUACUGAACUUAAUGUCCUGUCUUCUAUGUAAACAUGCAUAGGAUUUGACUGUACAUCUAUUGUACUAAAUUGAAGAGACCACCAAGUAAACAUCUUUAUGAUCAGGCUGGAAGUUGGAGACUGUGCCUUGGAAGAAAUAUAGUUGUGGUGAUGCAGUUGCAAAACAAAGUCCAAAUUUUGAGCUCUUAAUCUGAAUGCACUAAACUGCAGUUUUUAUUCUGUUUUCGAAAACCAGGAACUCUUCAUAGUACCCAGUGGCGUAGCGUGGGUUGUCAGCACCCGGGGCAAGGCAAGUAAUUUGCGCCCCCUAACCCGUGGAUUUGCGCCCCCUAACCCCCAGAUGUUGCGCCUGGUGUGGCCGGCCCCCCCUGCACCCCCCACGCUACGCCACUGAUAGUACCACAGAUGAGGGCAAUACGCAACAAAUAGGACGUCAACUAGAUGAGCAUUAUUCUCUUUCAGUGUUUUUGUUUGAAAGGCUAAAAAAUUAGAUUAGCGGGGUAAGGUGUCCUUUUGAUCCUUUAAAAAUUCCACUAUUUAUUCAGGUACAGCUGCACCAUCCGGAUUAAGGAAGUUGUUUGUUCAUCUCUUCUGUAUUCGUUUUAAAGCUAUUCAGAAUUUUCCUGUUUUCCUUCAUCAUGGUGUUAAGCAAGUAAAGGGUUUAAAUUAAUGUUUUCCUUUUGGACUUGGGGUGCAUUUAUGUCAGUUACCAUCACAGUUUUAGAAAAUAUAUCUUCCCCAAUCCCAUGUUUUGAAAGAUUGCUUGCUAUCUUCCGGGAUGUUGUGAGUCAUUUCCUUUUGUGUUUAUGUUGAACGCUCAUGCACCUGAAGGAGGGAAAAAUCACAGGCACUGAGCAAACAGAAUGGGGGGGGGGAAGGUUUGCAGUGUAAGACUGAGAAGGUGGAAAUGCUGUAUUCACUUUUACACGUUGCCUGCUGCUCUUUAGAUUCAAAAUGAUACCCUUUAUAAUGAGGGAAUUUUUAAAAAAUAUGAGUUUAAGUAAGAAAAAAGUCAAUGAUGAGAGGGAAAGGAGACAGAAUAUCUGUUUGGCAUUGCAUAACAAAAGGCAAGACAUAUAGUUGGUCUGAGAAGUGCAGAGGUUCAGGGCAUGGCAGAAGGCCAUUGAGACAGGCAUUCAUGAAGUUCCUCUUUGUGUCCACAAAGAGCAGCUCUUAUUCAGAAAACUUAUGGACGAUUCUGCAUUUGUGAGGAGCGACUGGAAGAGAAUUUGAGUAUCCUGUUUAAAGGAGUCUGGAGCGCCUUGGUGAGCAGAUGGGCUGUGCCUAUUAAACCCAGCUGAGUAUGAUUCAUGCUUGACAUGUGUGGGACGUGCACCUCAUGAUAUAAAUAAAGGAAAAGGCAAGUUUCAACCUGAGUUAAAUUGAAUUGUCUGAGACGGGUUGUUGAUUAACGUCUGAGGCUUCUGAAAAAUUAUGAAGGGGGUUUCUAUGAAAAGGUGAUGUUCUGUGAUAUCAUAGAUGAGUAUUCCAUUUAAUUGCUAGAAAACCAAGAUGGGGAGAUGCUUGGCUGCUGAUAGCCACAAAGUGAACUUUUGUUUGAGGAUAAUGCUUAAGAAAUUAAUGUCUGUUCAGAGUGCUACUUGAGACAACUUGAGGAUGAAAGCUUUUGGUGUAGGGUUGUUUUUUUUAGUCUUUGGAUUGGUAAAAAGCAUAGUUAUUUUAGGAUAUGUAGAAGAGAUUGUAGGCAUUAAGUUUUAAAGACCAUAAAUUAAUAGAUACCUUAAGAUGAACCAAUGGUACAUUGAUAUAAGGUGGCCACUGAAGUCCAACACUAUACACACAAGUGGAUUUUUAUACUGAAUUGAGAGGAUGUUAUCUGUAUGAGCACAAUGUGUAAUUAUCUUAGUGAGAGGGCUUCACUUUUAUGUACAGCCAUAAAGGGAAAGACACAGUUAGGAUUUGAAUCCGUAGUCUUUCUUGAACUACUGAGCUCAUGUGCCAUCACUUGGUUUGGGUUGAAGGGGAACAAGUCCAGGAAGUUCCUGGGUGUAGAAGUUUCUGAGCUGAGCUUCCUCUUCUGCCCUGAGUAUUGAGAAACAUGUUCUUGCAAGCUACAUACAUCUUCAUAUUGUUCCUUGUCUGCUUCUGUUCCCACCCACCACCUCAAAGCUGUUCAGAGCAUGGACAGAGAAAGGGGGGUGUGGUGGAGGUGGACCACCCUGGGUGUCUUCGCUGAGGAGGGGUGACAUUUGGCACGCCACCUCCCUGCAACUCCCAAGCCUAUCCCGAAGUGUUGGGGGAAGGGGGGAGCUGUGCUGUUUUGCCGGUGGCAUUUCCCCUUCCCCCUUCGUUUUGACAGCUCAGGGGAAGCUUGGGAGUCACGGGCGGGCAGCGCGCCAAAUGUCUGCCGUUGGCAGCUCACUCCAACCCCGGUUGCAGGGUGUGUGCGCUGCUCCGUGCACCCGAGCGGCUACCCUGUGCUUGGGAGGGUAACCUCUGCACCCCACACCCCUCGGGAGUGCCCCUGCCCUGUGCAGUGCAGGCAUAUGCUCCUCCGCUGUUCAGGAGUGGGGUCUGAAAAUCUGUAGGAUAAUUGGAAAGUUGUCUGAAGGACAUAGGUUUAUAGUGUCUUCUAUGUGAAUUGUUUUCCAGACUGCCGUAGGCUGUGCAAUUUAUGUAGCUGUUUUAUGACUGAAAAAUAGUAGGACUGGAAGAUGAAUGUUCUUUCAAGAGAUGGAUGAGGGAUCACCGUGUCUGCACUUGUUUGCCCUGUACAUUACGAAAAUCACCGAGCAUGAAGUUGGCAAGUUAGCUGAAAGAGCCUGCUGAUGUUAAAAAUACAUUCUAAGUUCAGGGUGGUGGUUGGUGAUUGGUGAUAAGCUUAAAAUUAACAGAUGAGUUGUGGAUGACUUUGACAUGGAGCAGGUGAAUAGAAAUAUUUUAGGGAUGUAAUUCCAUGAACUGGAAAGGAGACAUUCGUCAUAAAAAGUACUUCAUUGUACAGGUCAUAAUGAAUUUCUCGCAUGCCAAAGGAGGAAACUUAGUAACUUCUACAAUUAAUAGAGAGAAGGUAACUGUUAAAAUUUGUGGGAUGAAACUGUGGGGGUUGGAGGACUCACAACCUCUUAGAAAUGAUUGAAAAUUUAUUAAAGUGAUUCUAAGUUGGCCUAAGUGUUGCAAGUGGAAGGGUACACACAAAGUCUUCCUCUUACAGUGGGUAAAACUGUAGAUUGUUUCCCCCCAAAAGGCAUGUAAGAAUAGUUUGUAAUAAAUAGCUGGAUUAAAUGGUAUGGGACUUUUAGUUUAUGCAGCGCCUACAGAUAAGUUUAUCACAGUGAAUAUGAGACCGCAAAUCCAUUAAUUAAAGAUAAAAUAUAUGGCAGGGUUAGUUGCUUAGAUCCUUGAAGGUGGAUCACAUCCAACAAAAUUGUCUUCGAAGCUCAGACUUAGAGGAAAAUAUGUACCAGACUAUGUUUUGAAGCAAUAUCAUUGUUUGGAUGACAUAAAUUAAACUUUUAGUAAAUCCAUGCUUGGGACACUUCAUGGCAUUGCCUUUCAUUGUCUGUGCUUGACCUUUUUAUUUGACUCCUUAAGAGAAAUUACUCAGAAUGUUAAUUAGAAAUGAGAUAAAAGAUUUUAGUCUAUUUGUAUUUUGUCAUCAUCUGCUAUAAAUGAAUAUUUCAUUAAUGAAACAGCAGUGCUUGCAGUUGCUGCUGAGAAAAUAAGUGGUUGAAGCUUUUUGCUUUUGCUUUGGAGACCACCUGCUUUAAGACACCCCUCCCUACUGUCAGAGUAUUCAGGGCAGAUUCCAAUAUUAAAAAAAGAAAUACCACAAAACUUCCAAAAAUAUAAUACCUUGCAUCCAGAACUUUACAUCCAUCACAUUGCAUGUGAAAUCCCAUCACACACAUGCUGAACACAUGGGUGAUGGGGUGGGUACAUAACCACUGGAUGUAGUUGUGCCAGGGAGUAAGGUCUCCUUGACCCAUGGAGUAUGGCUGGCCUGAGAUCACUUGUGAAACUGUCACUGAAUGAGAUUUGAACCUGCUUAUCCACAGUCCCAACUGGAUGUUCUCGUCUGGUGAGCUACACACUAUUCAAGUUGCACAUGGUAAUUUAUGACAGCCUUGUAAUUGGCUUGGUCGCCCAGAGCUAGCAAAAAAAUCUGUUAAGAUGCCAGGUAGGAAAUUUUAAUUUGAUUUAUUGAUUUUCAUUAGAUUAUCUUGACCUUGUCUGGCUGCAGGCUCCUCACUUCCUUCUACAUAUGAUGGCAUACUGUCCAGAGGCAGAAAAGGAGGAACCAGAUGUGUUGACUAAUGAUUGCGUCUGGAUGUUCUGAUAGUUUUUCUUUCUUUUAGGAUACAGAUGACUAAUAUACUUACGUGUAGGAUAGCAGAUACAUGAAAAUAUUUAUUGGCUAGUAGCUAUAGUUUUGUGGAAUUUUUGCAAAGUUUACUUAAGCAUUUUGGGGAGAAGUGAGUAGAAAGAGGUGCAGUCAAACUACAAAGUGUGAUUGUAAUGUGAUAUUUAUUUAUUUAUUAAAUGUUUUCUGCAACUUAUAUUUUAUAUCUAAUACUUGGUAUAAAUUAUCAUUGUUAGCAUUGGUUGCCAUUCUUUCAUGGCUAGUAUGGAAAGCAUUUAAAGGACAUGGUAACCACAGUCUUCCUUCCCACUGCUAUAUAAUUUGUUGAUUAUGAACAAUCAGAUAAAUCAAAUUCUUCAAGCUGUCUCAUGCUUAUCUCUUGAAUCAGAAUGUAUAUUACAAAUUGUGAUCAACGCUUAUUUGUUGUUGUUGUUUAGUCGUUUAGUCGUGACCGACUCUUCAUGACCCCAAAUAGCAGUAGUACAGUUGGCUUUUUAAAGUUUCAUCCUAUAUUUAUUUGAUCAGUAUUGUUAAUCAGAAUCAAUUAGACCAACCUAAUAUUUCUCUUCUUUCUUCUCCCCUUCUAGAAAUUAAGAAGCCACCAGUGGCCCCAAAACCAAAAUUUGUGGUGGGACAUAAAGUAGUGCCACCUCCUGUGGCACCUAAACCAGAUGUUGUCCUUGCAGAUGUUUUACAACCCACAAAGAAAACGAAACCAGCAAUAGCACCAAAACCAAAGGUUCUCAAUUGUUCGCCUGUUCCUGAGAUUAAAAAUGUGCCAUCACCUUUAAGGAAAAAUGCCAAGAGUUUAGAAGAAUGCAAAAUAGACUCUUCUGAGUACUUGGUUCAUUUGAAUUACAAAAAUGGAGCCCCAAGAGAAAAUACUGCUUAUAUUAUAUCUGUGUGUUCAUGCAGUUUUGAAUGCAUGCAUAAAUUUGGGAAUGGGGAGAAUACUUGCAAAAAUCCAACCAUUUUUGAACAGCUGGAAAACUUAGAGAACAUUGAUAGAGCUGAACAACCAUCAUCAUCUCUGAAAUCUAGAACAAUACUUGAUAGCCAUAAUGGUAAAAGUAUACAUAAAAAUAGGGUAAUUUUAAAGGCUAAUUUUUUAGAUGAAAAGCUCAAAGAUGUAUUAACACAAAGUGUAUGCCCCAAUAACAGCUGUUUGAAGCAAACACCUUUGAACAAAUUUGAAAAAGAUAACAUGAGUAGUUAUAAAAAGGACAUUAAAAUUGAGUUUACAGACCUGGUUUCGCCAUCAUCCAGCUUGGAGGAAAUGAUGGGCAAUUCAAGCAACCAUGCAGAGAUACCUGGUAUCAAGUCUGCAAUGUCAGAAAAUCCUCUUUUGACUGAAAAUAUCAACAGUUCCUGUUGCUCGCUUAACACAGCACCUUUGGAAAAAGUUGAUACUAGUGAUUUGCACACAGGCAUCUCCACAAAAGGGACUGAUGAAUCUUUAUCUUCAUUAAAAGUAGGCUCUGCACCAUCCCCUAAAUCUGCCCCAGUUCCAAAACCAAGAAAACUACGUGCUGCUCCAUGUCUAAUCCGGCAAGAUGGCAUAGAUAUCUCAGGAGAAGGAACAAAAGAACUACUUCCUUCAGACUGCAGUUCUGCUGGGCUUUCUGAGCGUGCUGUUAGAAAAACCACAAAAAUUAAUGUUCUUUUUCAAAGUGUUUCCUAUAACAACCGAGAACUUAUACAUGCACUUGAUAAAUCAGAGAGUCCUUCAUGUGUUGCUGGGGAAAUGAUUCAGGAGGCAGAAUCUGCUGAAUCUGAAGAAAUGAUCCAGCAAAAUGUCUUGCCUGAGGUUCUGCAUGAAAGCCCUCACCUAGUAGGAAAUACUGAGCAAUCUUUAGACCUUAACUCAGUAAAUCCUGCUGACAAUAUAAUGGAACAUAACUGCAUGUUGGCUGCUAAUGACAAAAAACCUGGAUUUAUAAGGUGUAGUAAUCUUUCCAUGAGUUUGCCUAAGCAAGUGAAAUUAUCGUGCAACCAGCAUUUGCCUGCCUUUGAAAGCCUUGAUGAUUUUGCACAAGAGAAGAAACAUAAGGGUGCUGAAGAUAAAGAUGAAAGUUCACCAAGAGUUGUUCCUAAGAAGCCUCAAAGGCACAGCAUCCCUGCAGCCGGACUAUUGAAAAAAGCUGCAUCAGAGGAACUGAUAGAGAAAAGUGCCUACAUUACUAGUGAACAGAGAGAUUUAGAUCCUCCCUUGGAGCGACCUCGUAUAAGGCAUUUGUCAGCCAAAGAACAAAGUACUUUGCAAUCCUGUGAUACUCCAAAGUUGUCUUUGGAGAGACCUGUUUGGAAAUUACCUCAUCCCAUUCUUCCAUUUUCUGGCAAUCCGGAAGCCUUAAAAAACACCAAGAAUGCAAAAAACACUCAACUUGCAAGUGCUGUGACAAAACCUCGAGCCAAAUCCUUGUCUUCUGUAGAUAUGGACAGAAUACACCCAAAAGAGCCCCCCAAAGAGCCUCAAAAGAAAUAUUCACUAAAGAAAUUCCUAAAUAUGAAGCUGUCUGUUUGCUUAAUGAAAAGUGACUUCCAGAAAUUUUUGACCAAGGGUAGCCAAUCGGCGGAUAACAGCACUGUUACUUUUUCCAGUGAUGAAGCGCGUGGCAAAACUCGGAAUGCAGCUAGUGCAACAAAUGGAAGGAAAACUAAACCCUCAAAGGCACAUUCUGCAGAAAUGGGCAGCAUAUCCUCACAAAAGGGAAAGCAGAGGUCCAGGGGUCAGGAUGAAUCAACAAAUAGCCAGAGAUCACAGUCCUUGGAUGAACAGAGUUUCCUAUCGCAAGGACAUGUGAAUUCUCUUACUCAUGACUAUGUACCAGAAUAUGAAAAUGUGAGCCAUUAUGAAGAAAUCCCAGAGUAUGAAAAUUUACCUUUUGUGCCAACUGAUAAAAAUCCACCUUUUGAGUGGCACAAUUCUAGCAGUGCUGAAGACCACGAUGCUGAUGUGUAUGAGGUACAAGAACUGUAUGAUGCAACAAGGAGCUGUUCUGAGCUUAGCAGGUAGGAUACUGGAGUUGGGAGCAAAUCAUAUACAUUUUGGUGUCCAUCUACACAAACGGUUGGUUAAACUCUUUCUGCAGACUUUCACAAUGCAAUCCUGUGUGUGCCCUAGUAUAUUCCAUCUGACACACUCCCGAUUGUAUCCUCAAGGACCGGGAAGUCAUAUUUAAUGAAUUACGUUGGCCAUAUCACUCCGUAUUUUUGCAUCCCUGCAUGAUCAGCAGAGAUGUUGAAUAACUUGUCAUUUUGGAAAGUGUUAUUUCUUAAACCUUGACACAUCCCUGGUUAGACACUUAAUGUUGAUUUAAUGCUGACUUCUUGAGACUGUGACCAAAUAACGUCUGUACCCUAAUUCUUCGUCAUAGGCCAGUUUUGCUAUCUUUUAAUUCUCCCUAAUAAUUCUCAUUAUUUCCCCCAUGCGAUUAUUAGGCGUGACUGGGAAGACAAAGCCUGUCUUUUAUGCAUAAACUGGAGAAAUGGUUCUCCAAUGAAAUUGCCAUCUCUUACUGCAACAUUUUAAUCAGUGUUCUUUAAAUCUUUAGCUGAAUCAGGUGGAAAGGCAGACAUGGUUCCUUACAGUAAUUCCCCACAUAGUAAUGUUCAUCCCUGCCCUCUUACCUGCUGUGCAGAGGAGGCCUCCAGGUGCUUUUUCUCCUGUUGCAGCUGGAUAUGUACACCUGGUGUAUGUGUGCACAGGCAUGUCCAAGGAAGAGUUGGACAUAACUUGACUGCAGGGAACCUUUUUGAAGCUAUACAAUAUAUGUCUUAAAUUGUUUGUACCAUAUACAGCCCAGGGACUGUUAGGCAUAUACAUGAAGUUUUGAGUAAUUUCCACAGGAUACUUUUACCAAUUCAUGCAUUUCUCAAAGAGGAAGGAAGAUCUGCACCCCAGUGCCCAGAUCACCCCACCAUAAUGUGCAUGUAAGGAAUAAGCACUCUGUUUUAUUUUGUUUUAAAAUAGCACCAUAAACUUUAGCAAACAGAGUAAAACUUUUUAUUAGAAGUAAAGAGUAGCUGAAGUAUUCUUAAAAUGUACAGUGUGAAUAAACCUUCCGUAAGUUCUAGGACAGGGGUCAGCAAGCUUUUUCCGCGGGGGGCCGGUCCACUGUCCCUCAGACCUUGUGGGGGGCCGGACUAUAUUUGAGGGGGAUCCCCCCCAACUCUCCCCUCCCUUCUCCACAGCACCAGACGAGCCCCGGUGGCUGCUUACCUGUGCCUUGCGAGCAGCAGGGGCUGGUGGCGGCGGCAGCAGCAGAGGUGGAGGGACGAUGAGCAGCACAAAAGGGCUGGCUCUGGAGAGGGGCUGCUUAAAAUGGUGCUUAACCAACCGUGGCUAAACAAAGUGCAGCCCCCUUCCUCCUCUAGGCAGGCCGGGGAGAAGCCAAGAGGAGGGAGGGAGGAGGCGCUGCCACAGUGUGUGUGUGUGGCGGGGGGAAUGGCACAGCCUGAAUGAUCAGAAUCCCCACGCCGAUCCAUGCGGCGAUUCCCGGACUGUCCGUGGGCUGGAUCCAGAAGGCAAUUGGGCCGAAUCCGGCCCCCAGGCCUUAGUUUGCUGACCCAUGUCCUAGGAUAUUCAUUUGAACCCUGUCACAUUUGAUAUAGGACCACAAAAUUUUAAUAUCAGUCAACAGCUUUCACCAGUAAUUUGCUGUGCAAAUAACACAAAAAUUAUUACCACUACCCCUUUUAUUUUAAUAAUUAGUAGUAACAUUCUUCUUAAACCAUAAGUUAGUUUGCUUUUUAAGCAGAACAUCCUUUCAUAUGAUUCUGUUCCAACGGCAGCUUCCCUCCUGGAUUGAGUAGCAGCUUAGUGAGAGGAGGACUGCCAACCUGCCCCCCCCCCCAAAACAUGAUCUUCCUGUAAGAGCAAUGUCCUACAACACGAUCACAGAAGACACUUGUAACUUAAAAGAGAAGCGGAAAGUCUAACAAAAUCAGAAUGGAUGAAAGGCCUCUUUGUACGACUGGACAACAGCCUUUUCCUGUAUGUUAUUUUCAGCAACAGCUAGCUCAGGAAAUACAAAUUAGUAUUGGAUUCCGCCUGCCCCUCCCCCUUUCUGGUGACAUUCUAAUCCCUGUUUUAGAACCCCUGAUUCUAGUUAUUGUUUAUAGUAAAUCAGAUUGUAGAAAAGGAUUUCCUAUGCAUCUUGGAUAAGGAAAGGAUUCCACUCCCUUCAAUACUGAAAGUCCAUGGGAGGUCGUGGAAAUUUAACCGCAAGAGUAAAUGGGUUCAAAUGUUUUUGUGUGUUUGGUAUUGUACUAAGGUAGUAUUACCAAGCUGUCAAAAACUGGUGCAAGCCAGGAGCUUUCUAGAUGAGCAGAUAAUCAUAUGGCAAAACUGUUUCAAGCUGCAAGUGGUGAACUGCAGCAAUGACUGUAUCACUUUAUGAAAAGCCAAAACACAAAAUUCCAUGCAGAUGGAAAACAAGAGCUCUGACAAGAGUUAGCCUGCUCUUCUCCUUAACAUGCUAGUUUUAUGUUUGUAUAAUAGGAGGUAGGGUUAUUCUUAUUAUUAGUGCCAUUUGUCUAAAUACCCUCUCUAUGGAAUUGAGGGCCAUUGUUAACUAUGUUGGAGCCAUGGUCCAGGUGUUUAACUAAACUGAACCCUUCAUCAUUGCGGCUCAGUAAUUUUGAAGAUUAAGUUCCCAGGGAGAUCAGAAUGAGUUACAGCUGUAUACUUAACUAGUAGGGAUGGGUGCCAAGUAAGGUGCACAUCAAGGCAGGAAUAGCAUGACAUUAGAAGCACAUAAAAAGACCCAAAGCAAUGCCAAGAUACUGAAAGCUGACAAAAGCCCUGUGGUGUUCAGACCUGUUUCCCUUAUUGCUUUUACAGCUUCCACUAAUGUGAACAAUAUGGUAACUUAGGAAUUAUUUAGACAUGUCUGCACAUGAGUUCUUCCUUUAUUCUCUGUGCGCACAGAAAUGUGGAGUGCUGAUACUUAUGCUUUGUUUGAUAAGAAGCUAAUAAAAUAUUAGGGCAGGGGGUUGCUCUGACAUUUUUUAUGCUAUGCACAGCCAAUAGAUUCUGUAUAGCACUUCCAUAUUGUUUUUCUGGCUAUUUAGAUAGCUACAUGGGGAUCAGAAAAUAUGCUAGUAGGAAAUAAGGUCCAUCAUCAUUCUUCUGUGAAUGUUGUCAUAUAACUAUUGCAUAGACAAAUGUUGUUAAGAAGCUGGUGUUAAGAUGAACUGGGAUUAGAUUACCGUAUUUUUCGCCCCAUAGGACGCACCGCCCCAUAGGAUUUUUUUUGGGGGGGGGGGGAAUAAAGAAAAAAAAAUAUUUUCCCCCCUGGCGCGGGAGAAGCCCGAGCUUCCCCCGACCCCAGCCCCCAGAACAGGCUGCCGCCCCAAGCCUUGCGCGCGAGGCUUGCAGACAUCUGCCAGAAGCACGGGGCGUGCUCCGCAGCGCGCCCCGUGCUUUGGGCUGCAGGCUGCCGCCCAAGCCUUGCGCGCCCGGCAGGAUCUCCCUCCGGGCGCACGAGGCUUGCGGACAUCAGCCUGAAGCACAGGGCGUGCUCCGCAGUGCGCCCCGUGCUUCGGGCUGCUGGCUGCUGCCCCAAGCCUUACAUGCCCAGUGGAACCUCCCGCCGGGCGCGCAAGGCUUGCGGAUAGCUUCCUGAAGCCUGGAGAGCAAGAGGGGUUGGUGCGCACCGACGCCUCUCGCUCUCCAGGCUUCAGCGAAAGCCUGCAUUCGCCCCAUAGGACGCACACACAUUUCCCCUUCAUUUUUGGAGGGGAAAAAGUGCGUCCUAUAGGGCGAAAAAUACGGUAUAUGCCCGACACAUCAAACACACUUCAUAGUUUAAGAUCCUAGUUAGUAAAUAAAUAAAUAGUAAAUAAAUAAAUAAAUUCUAAAGGAAGGAAAGCGAUAGUGGUCCCUGUGCUUAUUCUCAGCUGCUAAAUUAUGGUUAGCUUGUUGGUGAAGGUAAAUCUGAACUGGCCCAAUAUGUACCUGAAUGUUUUGCAGCUUUCCUGUAGCAACUAUCCAUAAUAUUUAUAAGUGGACACAUUUUUAUUCACAACUUACAGCAUGACACCCAAUUAACAGACCACAUUUGUAUUUUGUUUAUUCUCUCCUUAAAGGAAGGGUGGGGUAAAAUUAGGAGGCUUCACUUACAAUGGGUUGGGUUGGGGUUCAGUUAAAGAUCAAAAGCCACCAGGAGAUCCUUUGUUGUUACAAUAAACUUUUAUAGAAGAUUGAGUAGCACAGCCCAAGCUAUUUUGAGAAGCCAGGUGAGAUUUGAAAGGUACACACUCUGUAACAGUUGAUGUUGCGAUGUUGGAGCAUGCUGGGUGCAACUUGUCAACUGCACACAUCCUCUGCUAUACUGCUGUUGAUCAAGACUGCAUUUUGUUUCAUUAAUGGGGCACCUUUUUCAGUUAAGUGACCACUAGGGUUGACUGUGCAGCCAUGAAGAUUUAUUUAUAGGAAUCAGGUGUGCCUUUCUUUAAUACUGUUAAGUGUACAAGUUUUUUUUUACUCUUGCUAAACUGUCUUAAUAUGUUUAGGAAGUCUUCAUUUGUAUUAUGUGAACUUGACAAUUCUUGCAAUCAUUUAUGUGGACUUGCAUGCAUCUGAAGGUGGCACAAGGUAAAACUGUGUGUAAUUGAUAGGCUUUUGACACACUUGAGAGAGUAUCCAAUUAAAUGAGACUUCCAAUGAGUAUUUACUGUAUACUGAUAAACUAGCUGCUGGUUAUGCUGUUAAGUUGAAAAUAAGUAUCAACUCCCCAGAAUUGAAGCAUCAGAUUUGAUAUUACGGUGUGCAGAUGUUGCUAUUUCUUCUUGAAAUGAAAGCUGAUAUAUAAAUAACAACAACAACAUUAGUUGUACCAUAAAAUAGUUUGUACACACACUCCCAACCAUCCUUCCAUCCAAGCAAGCAACAUUUAUCACAGUUCAGGGACACCUUCCAGGCAGGUAGAAACACUCAAGGGGGUUGCAAAGCAGAACCAGUGGCCUGGGAAGAAGUGUUGUGCUGGGGGAGUGUUGUAGUGUAUGCCUUGGGGGCCAGAAAGAGAAGUCACCUUUGGUCCCAGGCCUGAGGUUCUCCUCUGGACUACAAAAAUACCCCCUGUUAUUCCCAGUAAUCCUGCAUCUUUAACCAUUGUAAAAAGAAAUCUGAAGAUUUUGGGUUUAGUGAGAUAAAUAUGCCACUGAGAGUGGCCUUUGCAAAAUGUCUGGUAGCAGUCUCAUUUUCUGAUGAAAUUAUGCUGAGAGUUGUGGUUAGAAAUAUUUUAUUCUACAUAAAUGUAUUUUCCCUGGUUUGCUUUUUUGUUACCUGCUCUGAACUUAAAGUUAAUAAGGCAGCACCCAGUGCAAUAUUCUUGCAUUGUGAUUGAGCUGAUACUUUUUCAAGAAGUGCAAAUUCUUUUAAGUUCAGCGAAAGAGACUCUUGCUGUGGUGUGUGGGUGUGUGGGUGUUUGAGAGGUAGCUGGCUCACAUGAUACAACAGGGCAUUCUUACUCAAAGACUAGUGCAGUGAUUUAAUGGUGACUUGUUUCACAUGACUGCUAAUGCAGAAGUUUCUCUUCCCAAAAUAGCUUAUAUGCGGUAAUCCUUGACACUGAAAACGUGGGAGAUUAAUAUUUCAAAGGAAGUGGGCACAUUGUACAUUUCGUUCAUUUUGUAAACUUAUUCAAGGAUAUUGUGUAAAUUUGAAAAACUGAUAUGAGGUCAGGAGUUCAAAUAAAAAAAGGAGUAUUGGACAGAUGUUUAAAAGAGAUUCUAUCAAAUUAAUAAGAAAUCUAAGGGGAGAAGAUAAACAUGGUUUCAGGUGUAUUCAGUUGCUUUUAGGAUUGCUGCACCUCUGUCACUUGCACAGUAAUGUUGUGGACAGAUGUAAGCCAUGAGUUUUUCUGCUAGGUCUUUGUUCUCGGGUAAGACUAAGGUGUUGGGUCCUCUCCCUGGACAAGGCCCUGAGUGCCUUCUCACAGUGGCCAGGACUGUGCUGCUUCACACGUCAUCCUGUCUUUAUAAGGAUCCUCAAGUAGUUUGUCAUGAGAUCCAGGUUUCAGAACUUGGUUGCUCCUAGAAUUGGGAAUAACCUUUCCUAGAGGUCAGAAUGGGGCUUAGCACUAGAUGAGCGUCGGCGGGGGGGGGGGUCCCUUCCAACUCUGAUUCAAGUUUCUGCCUGGCUGAAAUGUGUCCUUGAACUAAUAAUAAUACCUACCCCUGAACUUUGUCUUUUCUUUCAUAGUUCACUUAUAGCAGACUUGCUGUACAAUGCAUAAGACUAGCAAAACAGUGUGUCCUGAAACUAUUGGCACGAUUGAGCUACUUUAUAGCACUUCAUUCUUUGCCAAUUAUUUCUAGGCCAAUUGAUUUGGAAGGCAAAAGUAGUUUGAAAGAACUAUGCUCCCUGCUCCUCCAAAAUAUUCAAUAAAUGUCUUACUAAGCAAUAUACUUUUAAAAAAUCAUUUGAUUAUAUGCUAGCAUUAGAGGAACAAGCACCUUCAUGAUGUCAGGGUGGCCUUCCUCUCUGAGUUGCUAUAAGAAGGUGGGUGUAUCUAAUGAAAAGUGAAAGCAUCUUGGGUCCUAGCAGUGUGGAGUCCCCAGGUGUCACUUAAAAAAAAUUAUUGUGGCAGCUGUCAGAAAGCAUUUUUGUUUGCAGACUUGAGCUGACUUCUAUAAUAACUAGUGUGUGUAUAAAUAUAUUAUAUACAUUAUCACUGCAAUCCUAUACAUGCCUGCUUAGAGUGCCCUAGGAAGAGGGAUUGGUUGCUAAGCCACAAUUUCUAAAUUGUAGCUCGGUUGCGGGGAAUAGGGGUGUCCUAAUAACUCUCAACACUCUUAAACUAUGGCUCCCAUAAUUCCUUGGAGGAAGGCAUGACUGUAUAAAGUGGUAUCUCAUGUGUAGUGUGUAUUGGGCCACAGUCUUCUAGCACCACUGUGCACUGUGUUGUAAAAAUAUGUCCUUGAAUCCAUAAGAAACUAAAUGAAGGAGGACAACUUUCAUGGUUGUGUCACAGAAAAUAAACGAAACCAUGCAUAUAGAGAGAUCCUGAGCUUGGUCCCAAACAUUGACAAAGAUAUAUUUUUGCAUCUGUCUGGAAAAUUUAAAAGGCAUCCACCAGGAUGUUGGAGUUUGUAAUGCUCUUGGAAGGCCAUUAUUGUAACCGUGAAACAGUCUUAGUAGCAGAUCUUAAGUGGAUUGCUGUCUCAUUUCUUUGGGAUAUGUUAAAGAAUUUAGGAUUGUAUUAGCAAUGAAGUAGCCGUAUUUAAUGAACAGUGACUAUGCCUCAGCCAAAGCAUUAUAAUACAAUGUUUUAUAUUGUAAAACAAUUGUUUCAUAGGUCCUCAGUAGAAGUACUUGAUGGCUCUGAUUUGGUGUUGGAAGAUGAACAUUCAGAUGAUGAGAUGCUACAGAGAAAUGUUGAUAGCUCUGAUGAUGAUGACGAUGACACAAAUUCAGACUCUAGCAAAGGAGAGCCUGAUACACAGGAAAAUAAGCAGGUAGAUAUUGUGACUUGGAGCUUAGCUAACUUUCUAAAUGGAGAGAAUUUGGAUCCUCUGUGAACUACUACUGGCGUAUAGGAGCAGAGCAACAUUUUUCACCAUUCUCCCCUUUCUCAGUCACUGCCUCUCAACCAGUGCUCCAACCCUCCAGAGUAGAUUUUUGAGGCAGGGUGAAAACACUGGUGGGAGUGGCCUGUUAGAACUUCUACCAGUGGCACAUUAAUUAGGAUCAAAGCAAAUGUGUUCCUCUGGCAUUCUAAUGUUAAUUUACUUCCUCCAUUUCUGUACGACCUCUUAGUAUAAAUACAGGCAAUUUGUCACUCAUGUAACAGCACAGAAAAUGCACCAUUUUCAAGACAAAAAGAGGAAUCCCUACUUGCACACAUUCUGGGGAUGUGAGCAGCGGCCAGGAACAGAACUCUCGCAUAAGUGGUGGUUCCCCUGUUUGCUUCCUACUGUACUUUUCAGCUUAGAACAGUAAGAAAAGUACAGUAGGAAGCAAACAAUAAUAAUAAUAUUAUAAUAAUUAAAGUUAAAACAUUGAAUGGAAUUGGUAGGAGUAAAAUCAUCACAGUAUUGACUAGGCAAAAUAACACUUUUCCAUUAGAAGGAUGCUUUGUUUUUUGUCUCCAUCCAUCCCUGGGCCCAGUCCAACUCAGCCUCCAAAGUUUACUCAAAUUACUGCACUUGCCUGUUGCUAUUAGGAAUGCCUGUUGCCAGAACUUUGUGAGGCACAGAUAUAGUUAAAAAUCUAAUGAUGUGCAUGGAACAUCCCUGGAAAGUCAUACUGGACAAUUCCAUCUUCAUUGGAAAGCUUCUUGUGUUUCACAGGACAUGUAUUAGUAUACAUGGAACUUAAGACUUAAUUGGCAAAUAUCAUCUUCUUUCUCAAACUUGCCUACCAAACAUUGAAUCUUGCAGUUGAGGAUCAAAUUUCCUUCCUUCCUUCCUUGACGGUUACAAAACAUUGUGCAGCUGCAGAGAAAAUUUAAAGCAUGUAUAAAUUGUUAGCCAAACAAAUACAUAUUUCUUGGCCUUGACAAGCUCUGAUUAAAAAAUAACUGUUUGAAAGUGAAGACAAUCAACUUUUUUAAAACCAGAGGCUGCGUGUUCUCAUUAUUAGACCAUAAUUGGAGAACUUUCAGUUUCCAGUUAUGGCUCAGUAACAUCAUCCUGACUCCAAUUUCUUUCAACAGAUAAGAGGUGCCAUUUUUAAGACAGACUCCUAAGUAGUGGAGGAAACUAGCCAUUAACUGAACAUUAACAUUUUUUAUGGCACCUAAACAUGAAUUCACUUGUAUCCUGAAUACUUGAAAGUGGAGAUGUGUGCCACACCCCAUAGUCAAAUUUGACUGGACUUAACUGUCCAGGGGUCCUUUACCUUUUUUUUUACUUGAAUACAGAGUACAGAGCAAUAGGCCAAUAAAGUUGUAGCAGAAAGAAACUAAGAUUUAGAGCUGUUGCAUUGUUUUUAAAAUAGCAUGUCUGCAUUCUACAAAGUUUAAUUUUAUUUGCAGAUUAAAGCAGCUGGGAAGAAAACAAAAGUUUAUCAUAUUGCUAAAGAAAUAAUGAGCUCAGAGAAAGUGUAAGUAUUGGUGUAAAAUUUAAUGAUUUAUGCAUGGAAGUAUGUAUGUUUUUCCUUUGCGGUUGAGAUAAUAUUUACUGUUCUUGUUUUGUAUUAGGUUUGUAGAUGUUCUGAAGCUUUUGCACAUUGUAAGUAUUUAUUUCACUUCAUAAGCAUGUUUGUUUCAAAGUUAAUUAUUUAUGAAGUUCUUUUCAGAAAAUGUAUUCAAUUGAGUUUCUUAAAUGUGCAUUCUUAAAAAAAAAAUACCCUAAUGAAACAGCAAUUAAAUAUCAACUCCAAACUCCUGGAAUGCUUCCUAAUGAAUAGAAGGAAUAGAAUGUUUGAGGUGCAUUAAUUUUUCUGUUGAAGUGCUGCAGGAAGUUUGAAUGUUACAAACGUGCUUAGAACGUGUACUAGAAUAUUUCUAGGCCUGCAGAUGGAAAGGUGGAAGGUCUAGCCGUCAGAAAUCCUGGUGCAUACAUUCCCAGUUUGGUCAGAAAUGCAGUAGAGCAGGAGGGAGGUGCUCUUUUGUGAUUUGUUUUUGCUUCUGACCUCCGAAUGCUCUUGUUUGUGUGCGCACAGGUGAACUUUUGCACACUAAAGAAUAUAUUAACACAGGUUUAAUUUGUUUAUGCUAGCUUUUGAGUUGCCAAGUAGUUUUUGUGCUGGGAAAGAAAAUAGCAUACUCUUACCAGCUCUGUGAACCCUGCCAUGAGGCUUCAUGACACAGUUUAUGUAACUGAGAGGGACAAGGGCAGACUCACCCUUUUAAUGCCGAGUUCAGAUUUAUUGCUUCCUGUUGCCAUACGCCAAUGAAACAGGUUGUCACAGCCCUAUCUUGCUGUCAUUUUACCUCCAUUGCCUUCUCUUAGAAUGUGUAGGCUUGGUUGUGUAUACAUUGAAGAACAUCCAAACUGAAGGAAAUACUGAAAAGUAAUACUUGUAGGGUGUGUUCAUGCUUAGCUAGGCAUUAAAGGAAUAGAGUUUUUUCUACAGAUUGUUUUCAAGUAUUACAAGAAAUAUGUGAGCCUGACUUACUAGGCAGCCAGGUUUGAACCUGACGAUUCAGGUUUUGCUGAUUCUUGGGCAAUCAAAGUUCAGAGGCUGAGGACUGCUUGCUAGGUCAGGGCUUUUUAAAUUUCGCAGUGAGUCUUCCAUUAAGUAAAAAAGAGCUGUUUGAAUCUCUCCAGAUGGAAAGCAAAGAUCCCCACAGUCAGUUUUUUCUUCUUAAUUUUAGGAGUAAUUGGGGAUUGUGGAGUCUGGUGCAGCUUUUUUAAUUGUCAGUAGGAGCAAAGUAUAGUUUGAUGAUUCAGAUGUAAAUGAAAGCAACUGAUUAAAGCAGUGUUCAAAAUGGGAGGAAGGAGCAUAGAUGCGUAUGGAUCUUUCAUGUCAGUUGAGACAUUGACUUCACCAGGAUUUCUCUUUGGUAAAUGUACUGGGCUUAUAACCUCACAGUCCCAGUUAACAAAAGAUUCCUCUGCAAAUCACUUUCUGCUAGCUCUUCUAGUUGGCCAGUAGCAGUAGUUUAAGGUUACAGGAUGUGUAUAUGUGUGGAUUACAUGACAUCAGGCAUAAUGAAAUGCAAUUUAUAUAUAGUAGUAAGUUUUUUUAAUUUAAAAAAAGAUGAAAGGCAGUAUUCGAUUACACCACUGCUCCAACAUUUCUUGCAAGAUGAUGCAGAAGUUGUUGGGGUUUUUUGCUUUAAAUUGGCAGUAUAUGAAGCUGUACCUUACUAGUCUGUAAUUCAAGACUGCAGCACCUGUAACCCAUUAAAAUUUAAUAGAGUAAUUGAGCCUUUCCUGGGACUCACCUAGGAGCCACAUGGGCAUGUUAGAAUCUGCAUAUUCAUGUUAGAACCUGAACUGACUAGGCAGUGGCUUCUGAAGAUGGGCAGAUGUACUUUUUAUAUUAAAGAAUGAAGAGGGAAACGUCUGCAGUGCAAAGUGUUGCACUGCUGGAAGCCUGUAACGAAUUUUGCUUGGUUACUUUGUAAGCAGCUGCUUGUAAAAGCUGAGAAAAAUUCAAUGUGUGGCUUUCCUCAGCAAGGCAAUGCAAUGGUGGGGUAAUCUGUAUCUGUUGAUUUGCUGCCUGUCUUGCAGCUCUAAAAGGCACCAGACCUCUCUGUUAAGAAAGAAAGGCAGUAAGCUGCAGUAUGCGCUUCAGAAAUGUGGUGAAUAAUUUCCUCGUCUCUGGUACAGCACAAACAAUUGAAUUUUCUGCCUUGCCUGCUCCUAUUACAAGAUAGUUUUACUCCAUCCUUUUGUGGAAGAAAGAUCGCAUUAUGUGCUGCACUAGGCUCAAGAGUUUUGGAUCACUGGACCUGCAGUUGCUCAGGCAGAACGUUUUGCUUUUCCACAUAGCAUGAAGCAUACAUCUGUUCUUGUUUUCUUUUGCGGGCGGAAUGUAUCAGAUCAAUAGGGAGAAGGAAUGAUUAGUUGCAAGUCUUAAGCCAAAAAGAGCUAGACCUCACAAUUAUUAGCUUUUGACUGUCCUAGAUUCAUGAAUAAAUGCAUUCAGGAUUGGGUCGCAACAUAGGUCUGGCUUGUGCAAGUUAAGAGUACACACAUUCCCAGCAUAUUUUUCCUCUUAUGUUUUUAAAAGUGUUCCCUGUUAAAAGUUAUGCAUCUUAUUCUUUGCUUAAAGUUCUCUGGAGCUCCUGUGUUCCAUCUGGGUUCGAUUAGCUAUAGUAAUUCCUCAACUUAUUUCUCUGUGUGAAGGCAGUGUUUGAAGGUCACCCCUGGGAUGUAAAAAGGCUAGUUAAGUUUUGUGUCGCCAGUUGGCUUACAACAUACAAAAACACAGCAUUUCCAUAUGAAUGAGGCCAUCUGUUUCCACUGAAACCUUGUGCGGCUGAGUCUCCAAUACCAAACCGUACCUCUGUUCCUUUCUGCUUCAAGUCCUCUAAUCUUAAUAGGGGUUGUAAGGAAAGGAAAGUGCUGACCAGUGUUCACCCACCCCCACACACGUUGCAAAACAGCUGUGCGUGCAUUUACAUAAUUGCUUUGCCUUGUUUAGAUUUGUACAUUUCUCCUUAUUGCACUGUUUACAUAAAGUAUUGCUUGGCUGGCAAAGAUGAACUGAACCCACUCAGUGGGUGGGUUAAGUAUGUAAGGAGAUGGGGUGUUUGAUCUUCCCCUUACCUCACAAAAUAAAAGACAGAGAAAUUCAGAAAAGAGCACUUUUUUGAGUAUUUGGCUCCAUAUGCAGCCACUUCAAACUGCAAUGUCUUUUGCUUCCCAUAACGUGUCCUGGGAGCUAUAAUUUAAGGAGUUCAGAGUUGUUAGGAGACACCCAUUCCCCUCAGACAGACACAAUUGCCAGUGACUUAACAAUCAAUUCCACUUCCUGGGGAACUCUGGGAAUUGUAGCUAUUUGAGGAGAAUAAGGGUCUCCUAAGAACUUUCAGCACCUUUGACAAAAUACAGUCAAACAGCUUUCCAUUCUAGUAGAUCAGAAAGAGAAAUGGAUUGUGGCUAGGUAUGGUAUUUUCCAGGCACAUUUUCUCCAGAAGUUGUACCUAUUUUCUUCAGUAAGCUUAAGCAUAGGAUCAGCUGUGCCUGAACUUCCCUUCUUUUCCAAAGCACAGAAGUGAGAGUGUCUGACCUUGGACUGCAUAUCUGGUCCUGGAGAAUGUGGCCAAAUGGGCCUCCUGCAUGUAUACAAGGGAAAUAGUGUGACCUAUAUUAGUUGCUUGGAGACCAGAUUUUCAGAGGCUCUUUGUGUGCCUGUGUUUGUACUCUAACAGGAUUUCCGGGAUUCAGUAGCACAUGCUUCCAGGCAACUUGGAAAGCCAGUCAUUGAAGACAGGAUCCUGAACCAGAUCCUGUACUACCUACCUCAGCUGUAUGAGCUUAAUCGGGACCUCUUGAGAGAACUUGAAGAGCGGCUGUCCCACUGGUAACUACAUAUUCAGAGCAUAGAUUCCUGCUUACUUAUUGGUUAGAAUAUUGGGAUAUUCAGGCUUCUAGUAUUGUGUGCUGUUUUUAGACCACAAAGUUGAAUUACGAAUAUCUGAUGUUGCAAUGCAGCUAUUUUUGAACUGAGAUUUUCCCUGGAUGCAUGUGUGUGUUUAUGUACUCACAUAUAUUAGUAGUUUGCAGCUAGAUUGGCUAUUGGGGUCAAAGGUACUAAGUUCCUUUCCCUCUUCAUCUUUACUUUCUAUGACCAAAUCACUCCUGACUAAAUGAGCCUUUUUAAAAUGUCAUUUGACCCUGCUUGGCUGUGUUUGCUAUUUUUGCCAUAGGCUAUUUGGGUGAUUGGGGCUGAGCCAGGUCAGGACUAUGACAUGGGAGGAGGAAGGCUUUAACUAUUUGUUCCACCAUACUCCUAGUCAAGCCUCCUGCUGCCAUUUGGCUGCUAAUUGCAGUGGGAAAAUAGCAGCCAUUGGUACCAAUGGGUGCUUUCCUCCCACUUUGAAUAGCAGGCAUCCCCCCACAUCUGGAUCAGGGCUGUGGCAGAAAGGGUUAAAGCUCCACCUACCCCAAAUGUCUAUAUGUGAAAACUCUCUUUCUCUCAAGGCCAAGCAACAUUAAUAGCAUCGUGUUUUGUUAGGGCCUGAGUUCUGCUAGGCAGUGUAGCAAGGAUGGAAAAGGAGAUGGAAGAAAAUCUGAAUUUUUGUCAUACCUUUUGUUCUUAUGAAGCCAAGUCAGAUAAAUCUUGACUAGGCUUACAAGGGCCCCUCUUUUUACCUUGAAGGGUAUAUAUGAAGAAGUGAGGCUUGUCCAAUGGCCAGGUUUAGCUCAAAGGCUACUAGCUGCCCCCUUCUGAUUUAGAUGCCCGUUUCAAUAGCAGUCCUCUGGAACAUGUUGUUAAAUUGCAAACACUUUCAUUCUUAACACAUGAAAGGGACUGAGCAGGGGGUCGCAGAGGAGGCCUGGGGGUAGGCACUGUUUUCCCAGGAUGGAGGUUGAGGUCCUUGUGUAGAAGGAAUAGAAAGAGGGAGAAAUAUGCCCCCUCCGUCAUGCAUUCUUCAGGUUUAAGUUCUAAUUGUCCAUGGUGUUAAAUUCUAGGAUUGACCACCAGCGAAUUGCUGAUAUAUUUUUGAAAAAAGGACCAUACCUAAAGAUGUAUUCAACGUACAUCAAAGAAUUUGAUAGGAAUGUAGCUCUCCUGGAUGAGCAAUGCAAGAAGAACCCUGGGUUUGCUGCUGUUGUUCGAGACUUUGAGGUAAUGGAACCUUUUAUCAAUGGUGUCAGAUGAUACAUUCCAUCUUUUGACUUUAGUUUUCUCUAAGGCCUGGUUUGUACAAUGCCAGAAUACAAAAUGCACGCACAUGUCUCUUGUCGGAUAUAGUGUACAUAUUUUUUUUCACUUUUGGUCCCUUUUUAAAAUGCAUGUGAGCAGAGAUUCUACACAUCCCCCAUAGUAGCUUGGAUCUUUUUUAAAGGAUCAAGAAGCAAGCGAUAAGAAUAACAUCUGGUAAGCAACACAUGUACAUCGUAUUUGGGCAUAAUAUGUAACUGGAAAUAAGUAAACAUUCUCUUUACGAUUACUGUAUAACCAAAGUUCUGCAAGGGAAGUACAGCAGAGCAAACGACUGGAAAUUUAAAACACCCAAGUCAGAAUUCUAACUGAAACAUUCAUUCUUAAAAGCACUGAUUCUUCAAAGAUACAAUAUCAUGAAGAGUGUCUUGGAAUCUCUUUGUGAUCAAAAGAUUUUGUUUGCCAUAUUGUAGUUUACAAAAUGUAUCUAGUUCUGUUGACAGAUUUAUAAAACCUAUACAUUUAAUGAAUUGGCAGAACCUGAUAUGGAAAGCAACAAUCGAAACUGAUAUAUAUUUUAUUUUAUGAAGUUUGAUGAACGUGGACUUACAGCUAGCAAGGAGGUUUGCAUCCGAUGCAAUUUGGCAGCAGCAUUCCUUGUCUGUUCUUUCAUCCAGUGAAAUGUAUAACUGAGGUUAAGAAAAUAAAUGUAAACAAGAAAGGAAGUAAUAUUUUCUCUAUUAGUGAGGCUCUCAUCAGCCCUGUACAAGUCUUCUGUCUGCAAUAAAUGACUUUUUCAGGCCAUUUGAACUGAAUGGAAUGUUAGAAGCCGGUCAAGCCUCUUGGCUGAGUCUCUUUCCAUUUGAGAUUCAGUCUUCUGCCAAAAUGCAAAUCCAAAGCAUCGUGCUGCCAUGUUUCCUUAGUUAUUGCUUGUUGAGUCUAUACCAUAUGUUGAUCUGAGGCACCAUGCGUUCAUCUAAAUUAGUCCUCAGAUUUGUAAAGUCAGAAAAUCCUUAUUUUCUAUCACACUUUGCUGCUGCCUGUCUGCUUUGUAUGUGGCGCUAAAGUAGCCACAAUUAUACUUUGCUCAUAUGGGGGUGUGGAGGAAAUGAUCAGAAUGGUGAAGCUGUUGGUGUCAUAGCAUGCUGACAUGUUGGCUAAAUUCUACAUCUAUAUAAAUGUGAGCCAGCCUAAAGUCUUCUAUUGGUUGCUUGUAGGGUGAGCAUUUGGGGCUUUUUAGUUAAGAGAAAAGGCAAAUAAAAGGGGACAUGAUUGAAGUGUGUAAAAGUAUGCAUGGUAUUGAGAAACUGCGUAGAGAAACAUUUUUAUCCCUCAUAAUCAGGGCCCCAGAGUAAGACCUUUGGAGACCCUAAGCACUUAAAAGAUUUUGGUGCCCCCAUAUAGAUCUAAUUCAAAAUAUUGUUUCAUUUAAUGGCUAAUUCAGCCCUGCUCUUAAUACUAGAACUCGGGGACAUCUAAUGAAACUUAAAUGCUGGAAGAUUCAGUACAGUCAAAAGGAAAUACUUACGUUGCCCCUUCCAACUCUACAAUUCUAUGAUUCUGCGAUUCACAAACACAUCAUUAAACCAUGGAAUUAACUCCCAUAAGAGGCAGUGAUGUCCACCAAUUAGACGGCUUUAAAAGAGGAUUAGACAAAUUCCUGGAGGAUAGGGCUAUCAGUGGCUACCAGAUAACUAUACUCUACCUCCACUAUAUGCUUCUGAAUACCAGUUGCUGGACUAGAUGAGCCACUGGCUUCAUCAAAACUUCUUUCUGCAAAGGCAAAACCACAAUUGAAUAACAGCCCAUUUUAAAAAAAAAGAAAGAAAAAACCAAUACAGCUUGCAGACAGUAGCAAGAGUAAACUAUUUGGUCUGGUUCAGGCAAGUUGUUUUAAAAGAAUGUUAAGUUUCAAAAUCCUGGGUGUUUUCUUUUUCAGAUGAGCUCCCGCUGCGCGAACUUGGCACUGAAGCACUAUUUGCUUAAGCCAGUUCAGAGGAUUCCCCAGUACAGGCUGCUUUUGACAGGUGAGAGCUAAAAGUCAAUGCUCUACAGGUAGCAAACCUCAAUUCACUAAGAAUAUUUUUACCUGAAUUCAAAUGCGCGGAAAAAUUAUUGUACAGAGAAAUUCUUCUGCAGUGGAUAAAAAUGCAAAGGAAGAGCACAGCUGAUUCUUUUUCGUCUUCUGCUGAAUAAAUGUUGAUGGUGAUAAGCAUCAGGGCUAUGAUGUUAUGCUAUGUUUCCACAGCUGUUCAUUCUGGUUCUGCUGUUCAGGGUAGAACAGUAUUGAUUUCAAAAGGGAAAGGGAAGCUCUGAAAACUGAUAUAAUAUAAAUAUUUUUCUUAUACCAAGUGUUGAUCCAUGCAUAUUCUCUUAUUUUGGUCAUGUUGUUAUAGAUUUAGCUAUAGUUAAAAAAACAAAUCCAUACUCUACUACUCCUUUGUAAAAUUGACUUUCCUUUUUUUCCCUAUUGCCAUAAGGCCAUAUAAAAACAUUUAUUAGGAUAUAUUCCCUAUAGAGCAUGGCAGGACUUCUGUGUAAACACGCAUAUGAUGGCACUGUAACAGAAUCCUUGCUCUUUGAUGUUGAGAGUAGUCUAUGGAUUCUGCAUAGUCCCACCUUCCCACCUUGGCUCCUUUCUGCUGUUUCCUUACCAGUGUGUGGGAACUUCAGCUGUCUAUGGACCUCUCAUAUGUCUCACUGGUCAUGCCCUGAACAUAUAAUCCCUUUACUAUGAAUCUACACAAAAAGUUGCUUUGAAAUUUCCUGAAUUGAUGGUCACUACAUGCGACUGUACACAUUAGCGUUGCCACGAACCCGAAAGUGCCAUGAAAAGGGUCAAAAAUGGCCCUAAAAGAGUGUGAAAACAGCAAACAUGUUCAAAAACAGAGUGUAGCAGAAAUAUCAGGUUUAUUGCUAAAGAUGCAGAGAACAUGAUUUACGCUGAGUUAGUGAAUUCCACAUUAUUCAGACUUCCUCACUCUAUUUUCUUUUUCUUGUGUAGUGUAAGUGCUUUGGCAAGUCAGGAGCUGUAAAUGUUGGGUUUGACAUUAUUGCUCUUGGGCUUUGAGAAAGACCGUAUAACAAAAUGAAGAAGAAACUAAUUUCACAACCUGUCUUCUGCGGGUCUUCUGAGCAUCAUUUCUGUUAAGAAGCUCCUCAGCUGAAUCCUCAAAUAUAGGACUCAAUGAAUAGUCAAGGGUGCUAAUUACUCUGAUGUAGAAAAGGGAUGUGCACACCAAUUUGCUAUACAUAAUAUAGCUUGUUGCAUAAAAUAUACUUUCUCUAAAACACUUCUAUACAUAUUGGGUUAGAGCCAUUGCCCUUCCACAAAGGAAAAGACCCCUUCAUUUAUGAGAUACAGGAGAAGCACUCUCCAGAAGAAGCAAUUUUUGAUGAUUCCCCAGUUCCCCUGCAGCUCAUAGCACUAUUUCCCAUAGUCUUCUGGAGGGUCCACUAACCCUCUGGAACAGCUUUUCUGGAGCACAGGAGACUACAAGUGAGAAGGAGAAAUAAACAAACAUCACCUUUUCAUCCCCACUUCCUGCAGCAGGUAACAUAGAUCAAAAACCUUGCACAUGCAGGAUCUCGAGUUGAGCUCUGGGAUGCCCUAGCUUAACUUAAUUCCUGACAGACUGAAUUCCAGGAGCAAAACACAGCAAAAUGAGAAGGCCUUCCUCUGACUCAAGAGUGUAGUCAUUUCUUUCCCUUCCUCCUGUUUAUUCAUAUCCAUUUGGCCUUCCUCACCUUUAUCCUAUAAACUAUUAUUAUUUGUCGCAUCCUUCUCUAGGGCUUGUCUGCUUGCCAGAAAAAUAUCCACUGCUUUGCUUUUCUCAGCUGCUGUAUAAAUAGUAAGAGUUCUUUCACUGCUGCUUAUGACUCUGCAAAAAUGCUGUGUUUGCCUAGAAAUUACCGUGUGGAAUUUUGUCCCCCAUGUUGUCAUUGUGAAAAAAUCCAAGUCUGUAACGUAAACUUACAGUUAGUGCUUGAGGUUGAAGAAGAGCAGUGCUAAUUACUGUACUGUAAACUCAGAAAACCACUGGGGAAUAAUCACCACUUCUGUGUGAGAGAUCUGCAUGAACACGCAGUCAGAAAGAUCAGCCAGACUGCUGCUGUUAAUCAUCCCCGACUGGCAGAGAAGUUAUUGAAGGGCUGGUGGCUGGAGUACAGCAUGCUCACUCUCAGAGGAUGGGCUGAGGUCACAUGAUGCAGCCACCUUGCAAAAAAAGCUAAGCAGGUCUAGGUCCCCUCCAAGCUUCUAUCAUGAGAUCCACAAUGGAAAUAAUGGUGCAUCAUAAGUGCAGUACAGUGGUACCUUGGGUUACAGACUCUUCAGGUUACAGACUCCGCUAACCCAGAAAUAGUACUCAGGUUCUCAGGAUGAGAACAGAAAUUGUGCGGCGGUGCCAGCACAGUGGCAGCGGAAGGCCUCAUUAGCUAAAGUGGUACCUCAGGUUAAGAAUGGACCUCCAGAGCAAAUUAAGUUCUUAACCCGAGGUACCACUGUAAAUAAAUCACCUUUUGUGUGUGUUAGCAAUCCCUCAGAGGUAAAAGGCUGUCCAGUCUGCCCAUUCAGUCACAAUCUACUUGUGUCUCCUGCCACCCAUUUUAGAAGCUGAACAGCACUGCACUUGCCUGGCUGUGUUUCAGUCUGACCCCUCCCCCAACCUAUUCUUUCUUACCAAGAUGCUUGCUGCCUUCUGCGGGGGAGAAGAGAGCAAGCACCAUAUUUAUGCUGCCUUUAUGUUUAAAAAAAUCAUAAACCAUAUAACAAAAAAUAGAUUAGGGGGCACUAUACAUAUGCAUUUUAAACCUACAAAUAUAACAUGAAACCUAAGCAACAAUGCGAUGGAACUAAGGGGAAUAAAAUUAUUCAAUCAUCUCAAAGCGUCGUAAUUUAAAAUGCCUGGCAUAUAGAAAGAUUCUAACAUGGCACCAGAAAUAAUACAGUGUUGGUGCUCAGUAUGCCUUCGUUGGGAGGGCAUUUCAAUGUUUCAAGAAGCACCAGGGAGAAGAUCCUCUCCUUAAUAUAUGCAUAAGGCACUUCUAGAAAUACCGUGGACCAGUGCUUAAACCACGUGCAUUCAGAGUACAUUUCAGCUACAUUAAACAUGUUUAAGUCCCUUUGAAAUCAGUGAGUGUGAGUACUUUUUGUAAAUGUGCAAACCUUUUCGGAGACAUAAUAAUCUUAUAGCUCAACUGGGCCACCUAGAGGUUCAUUGUAAUAAUUUCAUCCAGUUCUCUUCCUUAAUAACAUUUCUCUUUCCACAGAUUAUUUAAAGAACCUCUUAGAAGAUUCGGCUGACUUCAGAGAUACUCAGGGUAAUUGCUUUUAUAGUAGUUAGUCCAUAGUUUAAUGAAAAACACACAUCUUCUUGAAUUUAUGUGUGUCGUUUCACUGGUGGCACAGCCACAAGGCUGGAUCCAGAGUUUCUGCAAGAGAGAAAGUUUCACUUUCAGGUUUCUUGGGUUACACUUCUCUUGCAGUGGCCUGCAUGUUUGCUCUUAGGAUUGGGGCGCAUCCUCUAAACAGCAGGAAAGGUGGCAUAGGAAGCUCCCAGGGUGAGGAAGUUGCCAGAGAUCACCUUGCUUCACUUCCAGUCAUGUUUGUUUGUUUGUUUAAUUAUACCCUGCCCAUCUGGCUGGGUUGCCCCAGCCACUCUGGGCAGCUUCCAACAUGUAUAAAAACACUUUUUAGGGGGGGGGGUUAGAAACCUCUUGGUGUAAGCACCACCGGUUCAGGAAUCCCUGAAGGUCAGAAAUAAUUUCUACAAGGCCAGAGCUAAGGUUCUGUGUUAUAGUUGCUGGCUAUUUUAAGGCUACAGAGGUUCCUGAUAUAAAAACGCUGAGGGAUCAAGGGGUGUGAACUCUUCUGUGUCAGGGGGCAAAGGCCAUAUUAUGUUUGACUGCAGACCUUCCUCAGGCCUAAUAUAGCCUGAUAGCUUUUAGUUGCCUCUGUUGAGAAGAUAAUCUUCUUACUCUCACAGUUGGAAGGUUUAAAAUCUCACACAUUCUUUCCUAUUUCCCUGAUAUUUGUUGAUGCUGUGGAAAUGUAAACCCCCCCCCCCCCCAGUUACUGUUUUAAGACUUAUUCCAAAGUGUCCUUACCUUUUCAGGAAUCGUUUUCAGAUAUAAGAACUUUAGAAAACAUACCCAAAAAAUUACCUUCCCCAACCCUCCCUGUUGAGCACAGUAGUGUCAUUUAUUAUUAUACAGAUGUUUCCAAAUUAAAUGAAGGUGUCUUGUCAUGUCUCCAUGAGUAGUGAGUGGUCGAUAAUCAUGUUUCUUUGUUAAUGUAUAUGAAAUAAAUCUAAACCAUAUUGCAUAAAAAAGUUCUGUUCUUGUAUUUUCCCCUUGAUCUUGAACUUUGUUGGUCAACUUUUACAUUAAGUUGUGAAAUAAAAAGGUCCUUUCCAUUAAACUUAGGUGUCUUUAAUACUGACACAUACUGUAGUCAAUGCUGAAAUACAUUUUGUUUUGUUUUCAAGAUGCUCUUGCUGUUGUGAUAGAAGUGGCUAACCAUGCUAAUGACAUCAUGAAACAGGGAGUAAGUAUCUCAGUUGUGGAAUAAUGUGGUGAUAAUGGUGAUAAUAAUUAUGAUUAUAAAUAUUAUUUAUCUAUUAAUCUCUUCCCAUGAGGUAUCCUGAAGUGAUUUAUGAUAUAAUAUGAACAUAUAUAAAAGCCACAUAUAUAAGAAAAGUCAAAGGAAUAACAUAUAAAUUUUAAAGCAUCCAUUUAAAAGAACAUCCCAUAUGAAAAAUCAGUUCAAAUCCUAUACAGACAAAAACUGGGAUAAAGACUUCCAUUUUGAAGGCUUUUUGAAAGGACAUUUUAACAUGGUUUUCAGCAGCUUUGUGAGGUUUUAUUUCUCUGUCUGUCUGUAUUUUGCCAUUUUACUUUAGCUGUAUACUAGUAAGCCCAACUUUGUGGAUAUCAGUUUGAACCAUGACACAUUUGUGUUGCCUGGAAAGCUCAUAGAUCUCUAGAUAGAAGACAUGAUUAUUCAUGACUUUAAUGGGUCACUUGAAGCAACUUCAGUCUCUUUACAAAUGAGAAACAAGGGAGGGAACAUGGAGCUUUUUACUGUUAUGGGCAGUGUGUGUUAAAUUGUGGAGGCCUGUGUGUAAAGCUAACCCUGCAGUUUUAGGCCCUAAGACUUAAAUCUCCUGUGUUCAGCUCCUUUAAUUCAGCAAAUAUUACUUUUCGGAUUUGUGUAAUUUUUUUCAUACUGGUACACAUCAUAGAAUAUGGAAGUGUGUUUGACUUCAACACUUCUGCAGCCAAUUAGAGUGAACAACCAGUGUGGUUCCCUGGUGUUCCCAGAGGAUUCUUCCACCAUGGAACUUUUCAUCAGUUUGUUUACAAGAACUUUAUUUAUGCUUCCACCCUCUAGGACAACUUUCAGAAACUUAUGCAAAUACAGUACAGCUUAAACGGUCAUCAUGAGAUUGUACAGCCAGGGAGGGUAAGUUGACCAACAAGCAAACAGCAGGUUGCGAAAAGCAAACAAACCUUAGUGUGUGAAAACUACUUUUAUGGCCCAUUUAUAGGUUUUAGUUCUAAAAGGGAAAAGGAAGAUCUGGGGUUUCUUUUUCUUUGUUUCAUCAGUCACCUCCAUCUGUGACAGUAACUCUUGCCUCUGCAAAGGCAAAGGUGCUAAUUCCUGUGAUGGGAAUAAGACAAACAAAGGUUUGUGCCACUUCUAUAGCCCAUUAGUCUAGUUUGUAGUGCACUGUGGGGGUCUGCUUAGACCAGUGAUGGCCAAACUUGGCCCUCCAGCUGUUUUGGGACUACAAUUCCCAGCAUCCCUGACCACUGAUCCUGUUAGCUAGGGAUGAUGGGAGUUGUAGUCCCAAAACAGCUGGACGGCCAAGUUUGACCAUCAUUGGCUUAGACCAACCUUGCUCAACCUGGUGCUGUGCGGAUAUUUUGAACUACCAACUCCUAUCAUGUUGGCUGACUGAUGGGAAUUAUAUUUCCGUAUGUCGGGAGGACACUAGGCUGGAAAAGUCUAGCUUAGGCCAACCAACCAAAUAUUUGUCCAUAAGAGCAAACUCCGAGGGGCUGAGGUCCCUUGGGCUUCCCCAAUAAAAUAUUUGAGGGGACCCCCCCCAAAAAAACCCCCCAUUGAUGGGUAUUGCCAUACAAAUGGUGUGUGUGCAUCAAGUCAUGUAAUCGAUUAGGUGGGGCAGGGCUUACCUUCUCCCCGCCCCCGCCCCCAAUAUUUUAUUCAAGUUGGCACCCCUGCCAACCAAUGUUGCCCAGGCCACAUUGCCAUACUGUCUCUGGGCAGAAUGAGUAGGUCCCAUUCCCACUUGACUUCCAAAAGCAGCAUCCUGGCCGUACAGACUACUUCUAGUACUAGGAGUAGCUGUUUCUCUCCUAGCAAUCCCACCAUCUCUCUUUUAGCAGUGCCCUUUCCUGUCUCUGCAGUAUUGCUCUGUUGUCUUAUUGGGCUCUUGACUAGUAUGUACUUAAUACUAUGUUUGAAAAUGGAAGUGCUCUCGCACUCUCCUUGGGAUAGUUUUAUACUCCUAGCAACUGACUACAUUUAUUUGCUUGCUUGAAUGCCCAGGUCUUUUUGAAAGAAGGAACGUUGAUGAAACUGUCCAGGAAGGUUAUGCAGCCGCGAAUGUUUUUUUUGGUAAGAUGCCAUGGAUGUUUUUACAUACCUAAUGCUAGAGUGAUUUCAUAAUGGUGCAGUCUGUCCCCACUGCAAUUUCAAAAACAAAAACUAGCAACUCCAGUUAAUGGUUUUGAAUAAUUUAUAUUUCAGUUUAUACUAUCAUUGUCUCCUUUUCACAGUGGUUUUAUGAAUAAAGCAUCUUUUCUCUCCUGCUUGGUGGUUUUUAUGUAGCAUUUAUUUUUGAAAAAUGUUCUGCUCAAAGUCUGAGGUUCUCUUUCAGAUGCAUCAGGGUCUUUAAUCAAAUGCAAUCAAGGCAACUAUUUAGCAUUUAGCUAUACUUGUAAUGUGUGUUUUUUUAAUCCUAUAAUAAUGUUAUUAAAAAUGAUUCUUUGCUUAUCAAGGCAACAAGGACACACUGCAAAAGCAAGUUUCUAAUAUUUAAAUUGCCAGAUCUGCAUUUGAUUAAGCUUCAUGCAUUCAACAUCACUUGGGUGAACUUUGCAAGAAAAAAUAAUAAUGGUGGUUGUUGUUGUUAAUGUUAAUGAUGAUAAAUGGAAGCAGCAGGGUGAUGAUAAAUGGUCCCAGUGAAUUUUGGCCACAGCGUGGCUUCCUCUGCAUGGAACUUAAUGAAAUCCUUGUGCUGAGUAGCCUGCACAUGGGGACCUGAGGAGAAAAAGGUCCCAGGAUGUUCCUAACAGAGAGGACAAACUUGGGCACCCCUUGCCUGGCUGCAGAAUAUUGUUAUGGGCCCAGCAUAGCCUGGGGACAGGGACAGCCUGUCCUGCUUCACCACCUAAGGUGGAAGGGGAAUGGGCCCCUUCCCAAUCCCACCACUUCUGUCAUCAUCAAAAUGUGCACACCCCCACUGAAAGGGGGACAUUCUGCAAGGCCUUGCUACUUGUCUUUUCUGCCUCAGGAGCAGGAAAAACAAGAACAAUGGGGGAACAAAGAAGGCAGAAAGAGGGCAGAGAUGGUCUUUUGCACCUUUCCCUGUGUCGGUGGAAGUUGAUAUGUGAAACGUACAAAAGUCCCUAUAUGUUACAUAUAAUUUCAGUUACUUUUAAAAAAUAUUUAUAUUGCAGUUUAAUGAUGCUUUGCUGUAUACAACUCCCGUACAGUCUGGAAUGUAUAAACUCAACAACAUGCUGUCACUGGCUGGAAUGAAAGUGAGUAGAUAAAAUUUCUUCUGUAACAUGUUUUUGUCACUCACAGCUUAAACGCCUGCCCAGACAUUUAAUGUGUGCUAAGACAUACUAUAAUGCUGAUAAAGAAUACAGUCUUUCAUUUACUGAUAGCCUUUUGUGCUUCUAACGUGCCUGUUAUGUGUAUCUUUCCCUGCUUCACUAAUAGUCCCAGGGUACAUUCAUAGAUAAAACAAUGUAACAUCAAGUCGAAAAUAUACAAGCUCAUAAAACUGUAUGAGUUUGUGAUCAAAACAAUUUAAAACAGUAUUCAGUUGAAGGAAGAUACCUUAUCUUUGUACAAUACAGUCCACCACAGUUCCCCGCCCUUCCCCAAAGACUAUGCCAACAAAAGACAUACUGUUCAAGAUCUGUCUUUGAGGAAAGAGCACUCCACAACCUGGGAAGGGGAGCACUGCAGAAUAGGCCCCCUCUCAUGCUACUGGUCUGAGAAAAAAAUCACCAGGUUUACAUGUUACAUUAAGCCAAGUCAUGUCUUAGCAUAGCACAGACUCCUAGGGACUCCCAGGGAGGAGAUCAUGGCCACUUUGCCUCUCUGCAGUAAUUUUGCUGCUGUACCAUGCUGAAUUUAGCCGUGGCUUGGCAUGUUGUUUGAACGCAGGCUUGUGGUUUAAAUCCCUCCAGACUAACCAUGAUCAGUAGCCAAGGAUUAUUGUUGGUUUAUGGCUCAUGGUUGCUCUGGAGAGACCAGAACUACGAGCCCAGAUAUGGAUGGCGUGCUAAACCAAAGUGAAGGACUGAGGAGGAGUGAAUCUGCCACGAUCUCUUCCCUGAGAGUUGGUACCUUCACUCUUAGGCAUGUUUCAGCUUACUGUGUUGUGCGAACCAGGCCAAAUAUUUUCAUCAUUCCAAUAUCUGGGUUUCCCAGAUUAAAAGCUAUUUUUUUCUCCUGCAAAUGUUACUCCUUUUGUGUGUGUGUUGAAAUUGUCUUCUGCUUCUAAUUUCUGAACCUACUGUACUGGUUUGUUACGCCUUUUUCCUUUGCCAAGCCUUUUGAGAUGGCAGGUUGUUGGCAGAACAUUGUUUUUCUUGUUUUACAACUGGAUUAUUCAUUCUUUUUUCUUCCUAGGUUAGAAAACCAACCCAUGAAGCUUACCAGAAUGAACUGAACAUAGAAAGUGUAGAGCGGUCUUUCAUUCUGUCAGCAAGGUAUGCCUUUAGGCACAACAUUAUGUGUAUUUUGAUAACACAGUACAGUAUUGCUUAGUGCUUUCUCCUCAAUAUUUAUUGGGUAGUUAAAUGUUGUGAUAAAAGCAUAAGUUAUGUUGGGUGUGAGAAAGUUGCUUUACAAUCAGCUACUAGACCAUGUUCAAUGUCUUGUUGUUAACAUAUAAAGUCCUAAACAACUUGGGACCUGGUUACCUGAAAGACCACCUGCCCUUAAAGAGAUGUGUAAGGUCACAUAGAUCAACUGGGAAAUUUUUACUUUACAGCACCCUACAGAAUGUCAUAGGGUGGUGACCUAAAAACGGGCAUUUUCUGCUGUUUCCCUGUACUGUGGAAUGCCGUUCUCUCUGCCAUACAUGAAGUAGCAACCAUCAAAACUUUUUGCCCAGGCUUUCCCUAUCCCAAGAGAUUGGACCCUGCUUUAUGUAUUUGAAUCUCCUGUAUUUUGUUUGAUUCACUUUUAUAUGUUUCUCUGUUUAUAUUGCUGUUUUAUUGGUUUUACAUUAUGUUUUUGUUUUAAUGAUACAUUACUUGGUUGUUAGACUGUAACAUUAAGUGGUAUAUAAAUGCUUUUAAAUAAACAAAUUGUCAUAUGUGUUUUACCCCCAACAGUUCUGCCACGGAAAGAGAUGAGUGGUUAGAAGCCAUCUCCAGGUCAAUCGAAGAAUAUACAAAGAAAAGAAUCACUUUUAACCCCAGUAAAAGUAUUGAAGAGGUAUGUCCAAAUUGUUCUGGUCCAAAUUGUUGCUUGUACACACUGUAUGGCAGUGAUGGUGAUUUGGGUCCAUAGACCUGUUAUGCAUGCCAAAGGCACAAGUGUUUAAUGUCAGGAGAAAAGGCCGGUUGUUUGUCCUGUGUUGAUAACUGUUACAUAGCUAGUGUGUUACUGGAGAAUGAUUUUUCAGUAGUACAUUAGGAGAAACAUCUUAACAGUAAGAACACUUCAACUGUGGAAUCAAUUACCUAGUAGAGUGAUCUUCUAUUGAAGGGCUUGUGGGCCAUCAGAGUCCAACUUGAUACUUGACCCAGGAAAUCCAGAGUUAGGGCAUAGCCAACAGAUAACCUCCAGCAUGAAGACCUCCAGUGAAGGAGAGACCAUUAUUCUACCAGGUACUUGGUCCCAUUGUUGAACUACUCUUACUGUAAUAAGUUUUAAGAAAAAUAAUAGGGGUGGGGAACCUCUGACCUGCAAGCCUAGUAAGGCCCAGCAAGCUCCUGAUGUGGCUCACUGAUGGCUCCAGUCAUCUCAAUGGCACUGUGAGUCCCAUUGGGACCAACUGCAUGAAGGAGUUCUCUGUCAGGAACUCCCUUGUGCAGCAGAAAGGGCUUGCUGUCAGCAAAACCCACUUUGCCCAUUUGCUGGUGCGAUUUGGAUUCAGCCUGCACCUGCAAAUGGACAUUUUUCUCUCUCUACAGUGUCCUGCCCUGCUGAUAGGUUUUAGUUCCCCACCAGAUGCUUGAUAGUAAAGUAACAAAUUAAAACAUUUGUUAAAACAUUCUCGUCUUUGGGGAGUUUUCUGCAGUUGAAUCUCAAAUAUAUGCAAUAGGCCCAAAUGAUCUCCUCCCCCUAUGCCUCCUUGAUGAAAGCUUUCUGUCCCCUUCCCUCCCUGCCCACCAAAUUCACACUGAAGUCUGCUAAAAAUAAUUCAGUUUAAUUUCAUCAACUGGUGAAGAGUUGUAAUAUGUACAGCACUAGUUAGAAAACUAGAACAUCAUGGUGGUUGUUUCUUUAAAUCUGUAAUCAUGUGAGAUUUUCUUUCCUCUUUCCCUUAGGCAGACCCAGAAAAAGAGACCGAAGAUAGUCCUAUAGGGUCAAAGGCGCCAAUCUGGAUUCCUGAUACUAGAGCUACCAUGUGUAUGAUCUGUACUAGUGAGUUCACACUCACAUGGAGAAGACACCAUUGCAGAGCAUGUGGGAAGGUUGGAAACAUUUCACAGCCUUAUUGUAGCUAUUACUCAAAAUAUUCAGUGGUUGGACUUGAUUGCUCUGCAGCCUGUUAAAGAAAUGAUGCAGUUUUGAUAAGAUCACACUGCGGUGCAUUCAGUGAGCCAGGGCAACUUCCCUAUGAGCCAAGCCACAAUUUUGGCUUUUAAGUCUAGGGGGGAAAGCAAGUAACGGGGGGUGGAGGGACAUAAUAGAGAUGUGCAAAAUGAUGUACGUAUUAUGUGGGGAAAGUGGAUACAGAAACGUUUUUCUCCCUCUUUCAUAAUACCAGAACCUGAAUGAAGCGGAAUGUUAGAAGAUUCAGGACAGAAGAUAUAAAAAAUGUUUUUCAUACAAUGCAUGGAAUUUGCUUCCCCAAGAUGUAAUGGUGUCCAGAAACUUUGACGGCUUUAAAACAGGAUUAGAAAGAAAUCAAAGAGGAUAAGUGCUAUGACUGUCUGCUUGUCAGGAUGGCUAUACAUUGCUUCCCAUAUUGAAGGUGGCAUGCCUUUGAAUACCAGCUGCUGGGGAGCCUGAGUGAGGAUAUUGUGUAGGCAUCUGCUUGACCACUGUGGAGAAAGGAUGCUGGGCUAGAUGGGUCAUUGGCCUGAUCCAGCAGGACUCUUAAUAGGAAAGCUCUCUGAUUGUUUUGAACCACAUAUCUUAAUCAUCUUAAAAUGUGAGAUGUGCGGUGUGUGUACUUCAUGUUUCUUUUUCUUUUCCAGAUAAUCUGCCAAGCUUGUUCAUCAAAUAAGCAUGGGCUAGACUAUAUGAAACAUCACUCUGCAAGAGUAUGUGAUUAUUGCUUUAAUGAGUUACAAAAACAGGGUAAGGUAAAAACUUUGUCUAAACCAGCUUUUCAAUUUUUGAUGCUUCUGUUUUUGCUGCAAACAUAUUUUAAGGGCAUGUAAACCCGCAAAGUUGGAGCUGUCUUCCUUUCAGCAUGGCUUGUAGUGGCACAAUUUUUUGAGGAUUAAAUAGAACAGAAUCAAAUUCCCAAAAGAGAAUAAUAAUGCAACAUUGUUUUAGUUUUAAACAAUGUGGUUCUCCAGAUGAAAAUAUACUGCUUAGAUUAAAUAUCCUUUCCUGCUUUGCUCGUGUUUUACAUAAGUGCAUGGAUUAACUCGCAUUGCAUUUUACAGUUGAUUUAAUAUGGAUGGCAGUAUUAGGAAAAGCUUACAUCCAUUUUGCAGCAGUUUUGCAAGAGAAUAUUGUUUUAAUCAUCACCCCCAAAUACUGUACUUGUCCACCAUCAUGCUGUGUUCAGAAGGCAGGCUUGUUCACUGAAAAUGGAACCAUAGGUAUAUUCAAAACUGCAAUAUAAUUGCUCUCAUAUGUACAGAUAGUAUGUGAGAAACUAGAAUGACAAUAAUCUCAGGGUGGGCAGAUGGUGUGCACUUUAAACUUAAAAUUUGUGAAGAAGAAAUUCACUUUAAAUUGAGGUUUCCAUUUGUAUGAAGUACAAAAGUAUCUGUUUCCAUUUCAGAUAAGCUGAACACACCUCCUAAAAAUGGUUCCCCAGUAAAUCACAGAACUCCGUCUAGCACCUUAUCCACAGUGUUGCACAGUAUCCCAUCUGGAAGAAAGCAGAAAAAGAUCCCAGCUGCUCUUAAGGAAGUAUGUAUGACAUAGUCUAAGUAUGAAAUUAUCUGUUUUUAUUAACGGCAUCAUUGCUAAUCUUUAGUAAACUGCUUUUAGAAGGGAUAUCUAUUUGAGUGGGGCAUCUUGCUUUUUUUUAGUACAGACUUAUAAUAGAACAGAUAGUUGAAAUAUAUUUAGUCAGGUGUGGUUGAAGCUUAAUUAGCACUGUGCUGCUCUCUUGGUGCAACCCAUUGCUACUAUCAAAUCUCCUUCUCUGCCCCAGAUACUUUAUUGCCCUGUGUUACCUGUCUCCAAUUCCUUCCAUGGCUAGGGAAUUUGAAUUGUGGGAAGCAUGGUGGAAUGAAACUUUCCUCCCUCUUACCUCUUACUAUGAGACCAAGUACAUGACUUGUUAGAUUUAAGCCAGGUACAAACCAGGGAUCCCAACGCUAACAUUUAACUUUCAGAGUUAAACUAAACUUUGCAAAAAUCCUUCUGGGCACAUAGAUGGAAGAGAUGACAAUGUGAGGUCCUUUGGUUUAGUAUGUAGAAACCUGACCAUUAUAUUUCUUGUGCUUCUUGCAAUUGGUGAAAUACCAGUGAUUUGCACACACAUUUCUAUUUUGGUCACCAGGUUGAAAGAGUGGGAAGGGCUGUCCUUCGUACCUUCCUCACUACUUGCUUCAACAUUCUUGGGCAAAGUACUUGUGCUCCAGUAGGCCACAUAUGUUGUUGCAGACUUCCAUUUAUACAGUUGUACUAAUAUUCUACUGCACCAUGUGGGAAAUGAAUUGUCACAACGCAGCAUUCCCAAAGUGAAAGAGAGAAAUAGAGUCUGUUAGAAGGAGAAGACUGUUCAGGAGACUCAUAGGAGAGUUAUAGAAAGAGAUGACAGAGAUGGGGGAGGCUUCCACAACGCUGGGUAUGAUUUUUGUGAACAUAUGUUCAUGCGAUAUCUAAAUUUAAAAAUGACUGGAUAAUUAUUUGUUAAGCUGCAAAAAGGAAAAUAUAUUUAUGCAUAUGAAUUGCUGUCUUGGGGACUGUUCUGUCCCAUUUCAGUUGAAUAUUUACGGUGCUCAUAUUUAGCAUGGUGGUAUGCUAUUUCUUUGCAUAUACUGAUACAGAGCAUUCGCAGAAUCUCAAUUAGGCAACCUUUCCCCCCUUGUCUGCUUCCCAAAGAAACCUCAUACAGCCUGAGGAAUUUCAUGAAACAAAUUAUUUAUGUAGCUUAAUUGUGUUCAUAGACCAGCUGCUGCUUGUAGGAAACCUUUUAGCACCCCCUGUUGUUUGGAGUUACUUUAAUUCUUGAUGUAUUCUCUGUGUGUAUUGCACAUGAACGUUCCCUGGAAAAGAUGUUACGUGCAGUACCUUCAAUAUGCUGCCUUGAUAGAUUGUUGACGCAGAAAAGUUCCGUGUGCAGUUUGGCCCGUCUCUCUCUCUAGGGAUACUGUCUUACUGCCAAUUGAUUUUUCAUGCUAAAGGCAUCUCUUUCUGGAAAAGUGGUGAAUUUAUUUAGAAUACCUUUUAGCUUUAUUACCCUUUAUAGCUAUGUCCUGUUGAAAAUAGUGUUGGGUGCUUUCAUCCAUACUGUUCACAUUGAACUGUACAGUACUUAAAGCUGCAGUUAGGAAUUUUAAAAGGUGUGUAUAAAUCCUAUCUCUACAGUUUGCAUUAAAAUUAUCAUCAUAGGGUAAAAUCUAGGAAGAUGCAUCUAAUGGAAAAUAUUAAUUAGAACAACAACUUUCUUUUAUAGCACUUUCUGUCAGGGGAUACACCUGGCAUGCCUUGCAGUCACUCGCAUUGUUCUGAUUUGAGACUAACAAUCCUUUAUGUCCCAACUACUCAUUCUAAUCUAACCCAGUCAUCCUUGCCUUUUAAUAGUCACUGGAAUCAUCUUGUGGUAGCCUUAGGUUACUAAAAAUUUAUUACUCAUCUUUCUGAAGAACAGUGAAAAUGAAAAAUUGAGACAAUUUCAUGGUUUGGAAUCCCUCUUGGGAUGUAACAGACACCUAUUGUAGGAAAGCCACUCUCACAUUUUGGAGAGAAUAUCUGUGGUCUGCAUUGUGCGAGUAGUAGAAUAUCUGCAAUAUGUUUUACAUUGCUUCACCUUAGCACAUGCUCAGCACACAUAUGGAACAUACAGCAUGCUCAGAGAACAUUGUAUACCACCUUCCAUUUCAAGGAAAUGUCUCCUCUUCCUCCAACUCUUUCAUUAGCUAACUCCUAGUUUGUACUGAGAUUCUUGAUCAUAUUUAUUGCUAUAUUUCAAGGAGAAAUGAGUUCAAGGUUGUAUUCAAUGGUAGCCCUGCUCAGAGUAGGCCCAAUGAAGUUAAUUUACAUGACUAAAUUAGGUUCAUUAAUUUCAAUAGAUCUAUUUUGCGUAGAACUUCAAUUCUGCUUUGAAAUGAGUGCUGAAAGGAUUAUAACCAGUCCUGGAAAACACAGCACGAGUUACCAGUGCCUAGCAACUUACUGUGAGAGCUCAGGUUUUCUCAGCUGGAAAUUGUGGCAUAUCCUUAGCGCCACGUAUGAUGUUAUGUUAUUUCAGGCCUUUUUAGCAGGAUUAUAAUAAAGAUAUUGAUACCAACAUUUCCGGUUAGAUGAAGAAUGUUGGUAUAAUCAAAACAUUAUUUGUUCAAUCUCAUGCACUCUUACAAGUACCAUGUUUGUUCUAAUUUCAGGUAUCUGCAAAUACAGAAGAUUCUUCAAUGAGUGGCUAUUUAUACAGAUCAAAGGGCAGCAAAAAACCAUGGAAACACCUGUGGUUUGUGAUAAAAAAUAAAGUGCUCUACACAUAUGCUGCUAGUGAGGUGAGAAAUCACAUCUCACAAGUUAACGUAGAAGAUUGCAUGGUUGAAUGAGUGGGAUGCUGGGAGUGGAGUCUAAAGGUCUGCUGAGACACGGGGGCUUUCAGGAAAUCACUGAAAAUAGUGGCUGGUGUGAUGGGGCAGAGCUGCCCUCCAAACACUGGUGGCGCUGUAGGUUGUUUGCGUGGAGGCAGAGUCGGGACUCUGUAGACACACUGGUCAGAGCACUGGAUUGGUUCUGCUGCUGUAUCCACUGCCUGCUCCUGCUCUCUGAUUAAAUAGACAAAAUGAGAUAGAAAUGGUGUUGAAAUCACAUAAAGAAACCUUAAGAUCCAUCCCACGGAUCUGGUGCUGCCUUGAUAUUGCACAAAACACUUUUUUGUAUGCUAUUGACACUUCAGAUUAUUUUGCAAAUGGUUACAGUCAUUUUCUUUGUAAAAUUAGGAUGUGGCUGCAUUGGAGAGCCAGCCUUUGUUGGGAUUUACAGUUGCUGAAGUCAAAGAUGAACACUCGGAAUCUAAACUUUUCCAUUUGCUGCACAAGAAUACUUUAUUUUAUAUAUUCAAAGCGGAUGACCCCCAUUCAGCACAAAAGUAAGUGAGCAUUUUUUAAAAAAAUUAUGCUAAUUAAAAAGUCUCAUGAUUAUUUUCAAAGUUUGAUUAGGGAAUUUAUAUCUACUGUAUACAGUUUUGUAGAAGUAUAUACAUGUAUGAUUGGCCUGUCCAUUUCAGUCAGAAGAGGUUCCUCAAGUUCCCUUACAAAGACUCUGCCCUCCUCACAAACUGCAGAAAAUUAGGGAAAGGAUUAAAAUGCCCCAUCCUUGCACUAGGCUUUUGUAGAAAGAACAAGCAGAAACUUGCUGCCUCUGCAAAGUGCAGAAGAAUGAGAGAGAAAACUACAUAUUUCUCCCUAGACCCAUACAUUGGAUAUCAGCAAGCUGUAUGCUGGUUCAAGACUGCAUACUGCUCAAACUAUACUUCCAUUCCAAUCUCAUGGUUCUUUGCAGUUUUUAUUCAUGAUUUUGAAAGCUAUUCAAUAGUGUCUGUGUAUACCAUACUUUUCCGUGUAUAAGGCUAUGUUUUUUUACUCUAAAAUAAGGUUCAAAAUUGGGGCUCGUCUUAUACAUGGAUAGUAUCUCCCCCCAUUUUCUUAAAUCAGAGUCCCCCAAAAUAGGGGGCAUCUUAUACAUGGGGGCGUCUUAUAGACGGAAAAAUACGGUACUUUAUAAAUAUUGUGACAAAUGGAGUUGAAAGUUUUCAAUUAUACAAGCUCUGGAAACCCUUCUGUUUGCUCAAAAUAUAUUAAAUGCUUUUCCUUUUCAAACAGGUGGAUAGAAGCUUUUCAAGAAGCCACAAUAUUGUAG